AUGCCUUAUAAAAUUCAUCCAUCUCGACGAACAUGGACACUGGAAGAAACAAAAAUUCCACAAAGAGCAUGGACGUUGGAGGAAACGCAAAUACCGCACAGGCCCAACUCGGCGCGCCGUGCACCGCCAAGGAGGGACAUCCGAGGCGCUUUGCUAGUAAACCCAUCUUUUCAACGAUCUAACGAACCAGUUCUCGAAGAGAAUAUGGAACCGCAGAUGAUGGAGGCUCCCAUGCCCAGAGCACCUUCCGGCCAUCACCGAGUUGCUAUAAAGAGAGAGAAUAUAAACUUGGUACGGGAGUGUGAAUGGGAUGUAAAAAGCCUUAAGGAUGAAAAUGAUGGCAGGAUAAAAACAACCCUCAGCAAACCUCUAACUCUGAUCUUGGGUUUUGUGUGCCUGACUUCGCUUGCUUCUCUUCUUCUUACACUACUCGUUGUUUUUGGGUCUGUUGGGACAGGAAAUUGCCCGUGUGCAAGAAACAAAGGUAAGAAUCACGAAUGCUCAAUACUGAGCAGACACAACCUAAAAACCAAAUCACCGCCCACAGCUAGAAAAUUGAAAGAUCAUCAGAAAGCUAGGGGCGUUCAUAUUCUAAACCGUUUUUUUUUUUUUUUUCUUAUUUGGCUUAAUUAAAGUAUUGCUCUUUUUUCAGUUAUAAUGGUAAGUUACUGUUAAACAUGCAGUUAAAGAAGAACUCGAUGUCGUAGUAAUUACAAGGAUUUAGCAUCAGGAACUGUUUAACUGUCUGAUUAACGUAACUGGAAUAACAUGGCUGUGUCUACACUCAGAGGCGGGCACACCCACCGACGCACCCAAAAUAAAACGACCGAAACCACCAAACUCAACUGAGCUUAAAAGAUGUUUAUUGUAGUUAAUACCUGACAGCUUUAUCUGACUGCCUGUUGAAUGUUAACUAUAUAAUGCUCUGAAUUGGUUUAAGUAAGUCAUUAGCGGAAAUUGAAGAGCCGGACGGCUAAAACAGCAGUUGUUAGAUAGUAGUGUCUCUUUAAUUUUGUGUCUUAUGGAUCAAGCUGAAUUGCAAAGGUACGGUGGCCCACAACUGUCACGGCAAAACCGAAAACCUCACGGCAAAACCAGAGACCUCACGGCAAAACCAACUACUUCACAGCAAAAACCAAAGCUAUUCUGUUUUUGCUGUGAAGUAUUUGGUUUUGCCGUGAGGUUUUUGGUUUUGCCGUGAGGUAUUUUGUUCUGUUCUGGAAGAGUUACGUUAAUUAUUUGGUUUUGCAGUGAGGUAUUUUGUUUUUGCCUUGAGGUUUUUGGUUUUGCCGUGAGGUAUUUUGUUUUUGCCGUGAGGUUUUUGGUUUUGCCGUGACAGUUGUGGGCUACCAUACAAAGGAACAACGCCUAAUUAGAUCGUAUUAGGAUCAGCGUUUAUUAACCUUUAUUUCCCCAGAUAAUAGGUGAAGGAAAAACUGCAAUCUUUUAUUGCCAACGAGUCACCCUCGCGAGGACGCGAGGGUGACGAGGCGGCAGCAUCAUAAAUCCGACGCGCGAGUUAGUUUUGGUACAGGGAGAAAAAAUCUCGAAUCAAAAUGUAAGCAUAAGGUAAUGUAAGAGUGACAUCAUCGGUCAUUGUUUUCGAGCUAGCCAAUGGCAUCGUGGUAUUUUUUAAUCUAAACCAAUCACAUCAGGACGAUCAUGACCGGUGACCACAUGACCAACAUCAGAUGACCACAUUAACCUCGUGGGCAUUUUCUGGUGUAUCCCGGCAUCUCCUGUUCGUGUUGGGCAUCGUGCGACUUGCGAGGUGAUCAAUUACCAGGCAGGAAAAGGUGAGUGGAAAUAUUGAUUUUAUUCACUCGUGAGCGUUGUCUUCUUGGGUGCAUUUUAAUUAAGUGUUUUUGGAUCCGGGGUCGCAAAUCUAGCAACUAGCAGACUGAAAAAUCGCCCAGCGAGGCUAAAAUCGCCCAGCGAGGCAGUUAUCGAGAGCAGCUCGAAAACGGCGAGUGACAGUGUCACAGUCACGGCGAGCUUGCCAAAACAGUCAAUUGUCUUGACCAGAUCGGCCAGCGUGCCAUUUAAGAAAAAAAAAACAAAACCACUUGAAUAUAUUCACUAUAAACUCAAUCAGAGGGCGUAUAAAGCCUCUUUUUAUCGAGCUAGUGUGCUCAGUGCUCAAAAUUACAAAUUUUGAUCGACCAACGAGACACGAGUCACAUGGCGUGUCGCUGUUAGUUGUGCGCUUUUUUCUGCUUAUCCAUUAGCGUGUCCGAAAGUGAAAAACAGUCUAAGCUCUGUUUGCCGGGAAGCCACUAUCAGUCAAGCUUGAGGGAGCUUAGCAAAUCAGUUUGGAUAGUUUUUUUAUUCCAAAAUUGUAGGGUGCUUAGCUUCGUUUGAAAUCAGAACUGCUCAGGUCCAAAGUACACUUGCUGAAGCGCGUGCACUGAAGUAACAGCUCACGAGAAUUUAUGAUGCUUCGUCUAUUGUGUGUGUUAUUAGUCGUAAGUCAUUAUCAGGGCCAUAGUGGUGAGACUAAUUUCAAUUUUCCACGUGGAUAUCAAAAUGUAACCAUUUUCAGAUUCCGAGGAAGAUAUUUGUCUAGACGUAUACCUUAUCCUUCUAAUGGUAGUUUUAAUCCCUUUGCAAUUUCUAAUAAAGAAGCACACAUAUUAAAUGGAAACAUAAAUAACUUGGAAGCUGCAAAAAUGUGUGAGGAAAACAGCUAUUCAUUUGGUAGAGAUCACUUCAGUAAUUAUUGUUUAAACAAUGCAGGUAAAUUUUCCUGUGCAGUUGAUUGUUUUCUCGAGCUGUGUUAUGGUGUUUUUGUAAUCAUCUUCAUAGCACUACACGAAAUGAGUUUUUGACGUUAUCUAUGAGUCAUGUAAUCAAAGAGAAAACCUUGGGGCUAUUGACAUUGUGCGAGAACCUGUGUGGUUAUGGCUCAGAGAUCAUUGUUCAUCAUUUUCUGCAAUGACUGCCAAUGCUGUUUUUAGUGACAUAUUUACAUUGAAUACUGUCGGAGAGUUAAGUGAGGACCUCAAGUCAUUGUUUGUUGUUCAGCAAUGCAAUCAGUCGUGUUGCGCAUCAUGUGGCAACCAAAUCAUAUAUAAGACAGGUAUAUUUGUUCUUUACAUUACCUGCCCAAAUAUCAUUUCCACGCAAUUUGCAAAUCAUGUUUCAGAAGCUGUUCUUCCUCACAGUAGGGCUCUUUAUUGUGAAUCUUGCCAAAAACACAGUGGUGAUGUUUCUGCAUUGCGACAUUUUGUAACACUUCCCACAUUUUUAACUAUUGAAUUGUCAUCCAAUUGUAUUGAUCAAAUUACAUUUCCUUUAACUAUGGACGUUUUAGAAAAUUAUUAUUCACUGAAAGCUGUUGUGCGUUCUGCAAGUCAACAUUUUACUAUCGCUAUAAAUAAAGGAACACAUUGGUUGUAUUUUGAUGAUAUCUGCAGAUCAAUUCAGCAAUAUUCCACUUUUCAAAACCUCUUGAUUGCCCAUGCCAAUGGCUGGUAUUUUGCUGUCUAUGAAAAGUCUGCCAUUCCAUUCAUUGAUAGCGGUAAUGCACAUGCAGCUGUGAACCAAUCUAAGUACACCCAAGAAUACCUCACAGGACAUUCAGUGCCAAAAGUACUCAUUAAUGAUACUUUAACAGUGCCAUCAAACAAACACAUUGCACAAGCAAAACAAAAUGCAUACAUGAAAGAAUAUCGAAAGAAAAGAAAAAGUAAUGAAACUGCAGAAGAACAACUUGCAAAAAAAAAACAAAAGCAAAAUGCUUACAUGAAAGAGUACAGAAGGAGAAAGAAAAAUAAUGAAUCUCAAAGUGAGACGCUUGCUAGACAAGGAAAGCAAAAUAUAUACAUGAGGGAAUACAACAGGAGAAAGAAAAACAUUGAAACUGAUACCAAAAAAAAUUUGCAACGGAAGAAAAACAAAAUACAAACAUGAAGGAAAAUCAUGAAAAAGUGAAAAAACAACUUGGCCUAAAACAGAAGAAAAAUGCUUACAUGAAAGAGUACAGAAGGAGAAAGAAAAACAAUGAAUUUCAUAGUGAGAAACUUACUACACGACGAAAGCAAAAUAUAUACAUGAAGGAAUACAACAACAGAAAGAAAGACGUUGCAACUGGUAGCAAAACAAUUUCAAGAGAAGAAGAACAAAAUACAGUAAUGAAAGAAGAUCAUGCAAAAAGUGUUCAUGGUGAUUUUAAAAUGCAAGCAAAACUUAUUAGAGAAGAAAAACAAAAUACAGACAUCAUGGAAAAUCAUGCAAAAAGUGUUAACAGUGAUUUUAAAAUGCAAGCAGAUCAAAAUGUAUUUAAAUGUUUUGUGGAGAAGGAAAAAUAUUUGUCUUUGUUUGAUAGUCAAACAAAUGGACCAAUUCAUUUACAGGAAUGGGCUAAAAAAAACAUGCGAGAUUUCCAUAAUUCUUUGAAAUUCAAAAUCUAUAAAUGCAACAUCUGCCAUGAAGCAUGGCCAUUGUCAGAAAAAUGUAAAGAUGAAUCUACAUAUGUGUGCUCUAGGUGUUUGCGUGACAAGAAUGCAACAAAAAAGUUUUCAGUUGACAAUAAUAUGAUACCUUCACAAGCACCAAAAGAACUGCAGGGACUCACGCAAUUAGAAGAAAUGCUUAUAGCACGUGUAUUUCCAGUAAUAUCUGUUUAUACAAAACCAGGGGGGCAAAAGGCAUACAAAGGCCACUGUAUUAAUUUUUCCCAAGAUAUUCAAGAGCUAGCUAACUCAUUGCCAAGGUAUCCGAGGGAGCUGCCUGUGAUAGUUGUGUCAGUCAAAGGCAAAGAUAAUACUUAUAAAGAUCUUACAGUAAGGCGGGAAAAAGUGAGCUGUGCUCUACACUGGUUAGUCCAGCAUAACCCUGUAUACAAAAAUAUUACUAUAGAUUAUGACUGCUUGUCUUCCUUGCCAUCUGAAGGCAUCCCAAGUGAACUGCAUCAGAUUGAUUGUAUUGAGAAUACUAAAGAUAAGGAAAUGGAUCCAGACAGAGGUCCACUUGAUGUCAAUGAAAUACCAUUCAAUGAAGAGACAGAAUUAAGCAGCACAAUCCUUAAUCCAGUAACCUUAAAGCCUCAAAAGCAACUUAUUACAGAUCAGUUAUUGCAAAAGCAUAAAUUAAAUUGGCCACACAGAGACGCAAGCCCUCUGAAUGAAUUUAAGAUCGAAUUUCUAGCAACAAUGGCAUUUCCCACCCUAUUUCCUGAUGCUAAAGGAGACCCUACAAACACUGCUAUAAAGCGGGGUGCAACUUUAGGAGAGAAAAUAAAGCAUCUAAUUAAAUUUGCUGAAUAUUCUAAUGAUGAGUGGACUUAUAGGUUUGCAAGCCAUCCACGAUUUGCAUAUUGGGCUUUUAAUAUGAUUCAGAGGCAUAGACUUCUUAGUCAAGGGAGUAUUUUUUUGAAACAAAACCCUAGCGAUGCAAAACUAACUGUGGAACAACUUAAACAGAUGCUUCAGUCAAAUAAUCAUUCAACUUUAAUGUCUAAACUUAUGCAUUAUGCUAAAAAUAUAACUGGUAGCAAUAGCUAUUGGCACAAAGCAAAAGAGGAUUUAAGGGCUACCGUUGCUCAAGUAGGACCUCCUACAUUUUUUUUUUUUUACCUUGUCUUGUGCAGAGUACCAUUGGCCAGAAUUUCAUAAUCUUCUAAGUAAUGACCACUGUGGAGAUAUCACACCAAAAUUGAGACAGAAACAUGUUAUUGACAAUCCACAUCUCAUUGACUGGUUUUUCACUGAGCGAACUGAUCGGUUUGUGAAGUUUUGGCUGAAUAAAUCAUUACAGGCAUCUUGGUAUUGGUACCGAUAUGAAUAUGCUGUUCAGAGGGGAUCGAUUCAUUGUCACGGAGUUGCAAAAUUGCAGAAUGAUCCAGGGCUUUGUGAACUUACAGCAGUUGCACUGCAGGGUUUUUGGCAUCAAAAUAUAUCAAAGAACACCAAGCAAAUAUAUCAAUUGAAGAACUACAAGAACUGAAAAAUAAGGAGAAAAGGGGGGAAAAUGCUGAGGCAACUGUUUGCCAAUAUGUCAAUUUUUUAUUAACGACAUGGAAUCCUUGUUCUCCAGAUGAAGGUUGGUCCAAGCCAAAUUCUCAUCCAUGUCAAACACCAUAUCUUUCCUUAAAAGAAGAGAAAAUGGAAGAUGACUAUGUGAAUCUAUUGAAUUCUGUUCAAAGGCAUACGUUGUGUAGUACUAAGUAUUGCCUUAGGGAAAAAGACGGUUGCGAAUUAUGCUGCAGGUUUAAUUUUCCAUUUGAUAACUGUAAAAAAACAAGGAUAGAUUUUGAACCUGUCCAUACAAAAUCAGGUCAACCAAAGUAUAAAGCAGUUAUUGUUACUAAACGAAAUGACUCAAGAUUAAAUCGUCAUCAACCAUUGCAGCUUCAAGGAUGGAGGGCAAAUUGUGAUAUCCAAAUUAUUGUGGAUUACCAGGCAUGUUUAGAAUAUCUUGUUAAGUACACAUCCAAAGGGGAAAAAGCAUCUUCCGUUGUUAAUAAUGCAUUCACCACUAUUGUUCAGAAGCUUUCAGACACAAGUGACAUUCAUAACACAUUUAAGCAGAUAAUGAUCAAAUCUGUAGGACAAAGGGACUAUUCAAUUCAAGAGGUCAUGCAUCAUUUACUCUCUCUUAAGUGUGUAAGUGCUACUUAUGAAGUAAUAAAUGCAUCUCUAGAUGGCUCAAGAAGAAUUCAAAUUGUAAGAGAUAAGGAAUAUUGUACUGCCCCAUCCAUGCUCGAUAUAUAUGCUGAGCGAAGGAAAUACAUGAAAACAUUUCCAAGUAUACUAGAAUGCAACUUUGUACAGUUUACAUCUACAUAUAUUAAUAAAGGUUCAAGACUAGAGAAAAGAAAACGACCAGUAAUUGUUAAAACAUAUCCAAACUAUUCAUCAAAUCCUCAAAAUCAGCAUUAUGGGCUUUUUUGUAAAUAUCAACUACUUAAGUAUAAACCUUGGGAGCAUACACCAGAUGAUGCCUGGAGUAAUGCUGAACACUGUAAUGAAACAUUCAAAACAUGUUGGAUGAAUUUUCUCUGUAGUAACAAUGGAAAGGCUGUAGUUCCUGACUGGGAAAUCAAGUUACAAGCCUUAAAGGAAUCUAUUAAGCUAGAAACUGACAAUUUUACAACAGAAAAUGAUGAAGAAGAGGAAAAGGAAGAAUGGAUGUUAAUGUCUGAGUUGAAUAUUCAAAACAUUACUAAUGAUGCACAAAGUUCUGUCUUAGCUCCUGAGGGAUAUUGGCACAAUGUUACUGAACACUUUGAUGAAGAGCAACUAAAUUCUGUAGUAUCUUGGUUAGCGAAUCAAAAAUCUAUGAAUAAUCCUCAGUGGCAAAUGCCAACAAGGAUAGUAGAUAUUUCAAGCUUUAGUACAAACCAAAGAUUGGCAUACAACGUAGUUUGUGAUCACUUUAACAGAAGUGACAAAGAACCUAUACUUCUCCUAAUUAAAGGUAUUGCAGGGUCAGGGAAAAGCUAUCUCAUUGACGCCAUUAGAAAUGUACUCCAAACACAAUGCAAGGUGCUAGCGUACACUGGAAAAGCAUCUUUUAAUGUGAAUGGUGUAACUUUGCAUUCAUUUCUCAAAUUGCCAAUUGGCUCAAAAGACUCACUGAACUAAAAGGAAUAGCACUACAACAGCUUCAAAGUAAUGUAGAAAAUCUUCGGUAUUUGAUAAUAGAUGAAUACUCUUUGGUUGGUCAGAGUUUGCUUGGCUGGAUAGAUUCUAGAUGCCGACAAGCUACAGGCCUGGCAAAUCAGAGUUUUGGUGGUCUUUCGGUUAUUGUUGUGGGUGAUAUAGCACAGUUACCCCCUGUUGGUGAUAAACCACUUUACCAUUCAAUGCCCAAAACAGAUAAGCAGAUUCAGGGUCAUCUCAUGUAUCAACAGUUUAACAAAGUAGUUGCAUUGACAGUUAACCACAGAGUUGAUGGUAACAGUAGUGAGCAGCACCUUUUAGGGAUCUUCUUCUCAGAGCACGUAAUGGUGAAUCCACACCAGCUGAUUGGCAUACAUUACUGUCAAGAACUCCAGACCGUGUAUCAAAUAUCCAGGAAUUUGAAAUGUCAUCAAUAAGACUAUCCUAUCUCAAGUCUAGUGUUGCAGAGAUAAACAUAGCCAAGUUAAAAGCUCUUAAUCAACCAAUAGCAACUAUAAAAGCUCGUCACUCUGGUGGUGCUCAGAACCUUAGCUCAGAUGAAAUGGGAGGCCUAGAGCCUGUGAUUUACUUAGCAAAAGGAGCGAGAGUAAUGCUCACUAUGAACAUCUGGACUGAAGUUGGACUUUGUAAUGGAGCCCUAGGGACAGUAUUAGAUUUUGUUUAUCCACAUGACCAGACUCCCCGACGCUACCAAUUUGUGUUCUUGUACAGUUUGACGACGAUUAUAAUGGCCCUACUCUUUCUGCUAGAUUUCCAAGAUGUGUUCCAAUUUGUCCAAUAACACAGGUUUCUCAAAACCUAGGUCAAAAAUGUGAAAGACAGCAAUUACCCCUAAAGUUAGCAUGGGCAAUCACUAUACACAAGAGUCAAGGUUUAACGCUAAAGAAAGCCUGGGUUGAUCUUGGUCCUUCAGAAAAAUCUUCAGGAAUGACAUAUGUUGCACUAAGUAGAGUUAAGAAACUUGAAGACCUAAUGGUAGAACCCAUGACCCUGGAUAGACUGCAAGCACCCAAAAAAAAUGUGCAAUUUAAAUUACAGACUUAAAGAAGAAGAGCGGCUAGAUGGUUUAGCCCAAGAUACUUUGGACAGUUUAUUGUAGAAUCCUAUUGCCCUAAAUAUAUUAAACAUCCAAACCAGAUAAAACCACUUUUAACAAUUAGAGUUUGAUUAACCAGAUGUGAGCCUUGAUUCAAGAUAAUGUAAAGGAUACAGAUUUUAACUUGAAAUAAUGGCAUAAAUUGAGUGGAAAACUGCUACAAUGUACAUAACCUUUAUUUAGAAUUUUUAUUUUUUGUUACAGAUUCUUUGUGGAAAGAAUGUCAAAGCGUGAGCCAGACCUUAACUCGGGUAAGUAUUAUGAUUAUGGGGGGGGGGAAGAACAGUAGAUCAGAAUGCAAGGAAAAUGGUGAAUAGGUACUAAACACAGAGACUACAGUGAUUUGUUGCCUAUUUAACAUGAAUCUUUUGAUUUUUUCCUUAGAAUCACUCUGUGGCUUUAUACAUAAUUUAAGCCCUGUAAAACGCUCAAAGAGAACGGAUUGGUUUGAGUUUCAUCUGCAAACAAGUCCUUCCAAAGUACAGCGAGUAGUUGGAUUUAAUAUCCCAAGCCACUCAACCUUCAGUGGACAUAACAAAUCAAAAACCCCUGUGCUGCUGUCAAAUACUAAGAAGAAUGAUUCGAACAAGGACAUUAUCUUCAACCAACAGUCAAUUGUAAGGUCUGCACCAGCGUUCGACAUUGACUUUGAUUAUUCUCCAGACAUUGCUGCAUCUGAGUCAUCCUCCUCUUCAGUGCAACCUGCUACUACGAUCACUCUGGAACAGGUACCAACUCUAAAGAUAAACCAGAAGGUCAACGUCACAGCAACGAUUUCAUUGGGCAGUGAACAACCUAAGCCGGUUGAAGUGAAAUCCACACAAAAGAUAACGCUCGUCAAAGAGGAUUGUGUCUUAGAAGAUGAGACAGGUACAGCUGAAAUUCACAUUUGGGAUGAGCUCAUCAACAACGUGAAAAAUGGGACAACAUAUGAAUUCCAAAACCUGAACGUCAAGCACUUCAAAGGAAGCACCCACUUAGCAACGACACCAGCAACUACCUUCAAGGAAGCCAGCAAACAACUUAAGUCUGUGCAAGGGCCUACACUACUGGAAAACCCAGAAAAAAAGAAGUUAAAGUCGAGAUGUUCAAGUUUCUUAACAACCUAAGCAUAUUCGUUGCUUGUCAAGCUUGUAAGAGGAAGAUAACAGAGAGUGCCCAUCAGAAGUACAUAAAAUGCAGGAACUGCGGAGUAAAGGCAGCGUCAAGGCGAAUGCAAGAGAGAUGCAUCUGUGCAAGUCAAAGUAGAAAUAGCUGGAAAGGAAAUAUGGCUGACAGCGUUCACAAAAGAAAUUGAAAGUCUUCUGGCUCUGUCUCCAGAGCUUUCCCUUAUGAGUGACUCAGAAUCUAUUGAAGACCACCUUAUGGACCUCAAGGAUAUCCACUUCACCUAUAAUGUGAACAAAAACACCAUAACCCAGGUGACAUCUCUUUCAAAUGGACUGGCGCAAUGACACUAUGGAACGAUUGAUUAAUGGGCUAUCUUGGCAUGAAACUACUUACUAUGUAAACUACGUUCAAAGUUGCCUUCUAAAAUCAUGUUAAAACACGAACAUGAAACAUUUUAAAAAACAAAGAAAUCAUGUGAGAUAUGCAUUUUUUAUCUCUGUUACAAGUUCAGUUCUUAAAGACAUUUCAAAAAACAAGGAUUUGCAUUUGGAAUCUACUUUACAAGUUUCGUUUUUAAAAACAUUCUAAAGGACGAAGAAAAGCAUCUCAGAUUUGCAUUUGUAAUUUACGUUACAAGUUUUGGUAUUAAAGACAUUUGACACAUUUCAAUUCAUGCUCAUUUGUCUCAGGUAAUGCAAGGGCUACAUAUAUUUCAGCUCUAAUCUGCCUUACAAGUUUAGUUCUUACGGACAUUCUAAACAACAAAGAAUAGCAUGUGCGUUUUGCAAUGCUUUUUUAAACAAUCAUUCAAUUUGAAAAAAAUGUUCUGUAGUCUGGUUACUUCUUCAUUUUCAUUCGGCAAGCAACUGUCGCCGUUUUUACUCGUUGGCACUCUAGCGCCAGCUAUUUCUAGUUUAUAAAAUAACAAAAAAAUAAGGAACAUGAUUUCCGAGAUGGUUUAUUUCAAUGGCCGCACCGUAGGGUUUACCCUCGGUCUUAAAAAAUUAGCACUAGUAAUUAUUGCCAACGAGUCACCCUCGCGAGGACGCGAGGGUGACGAGGCGGCAGCAUCAUAAAUCCGACGCGCGAGUUAGUUUUGGUACAGGGAGAAAAAAUCUCGAAUCAAAAUGUAAGCAUAAGGUAAUGUAAGAGUGACAUCAUCGGUCAUUGUUUUCGAGCUAGCCAAUGGCAUCGUGGUAUUUUUUAAUCUAAACCAAUCACAUCAGGACGAUCAUGACCGGUGACCACAUGACCAACAUCAGAUGACCACAUUAACCUCGUGGGCAUUUUCUGGUGUAUCCCGGCAUCUCCUGUUCGUGUUGGGCAUCGUGCGACUUGCGAGGUGAUCAAUUACCAGGCAGGAAAAGGUGAGUGGAAAUAUUGAUUUUAUUCACUCGUGAGCGUUGUCUUCUUGGGUGCAUUUUAAUUAAGUGUUUUUGGAUCCGGGGUCGCAAAUCUAGCAACUAGCAGACUGAAAAAUCGCCCAGCGAGGCUAAAAUCGCCCAGCGAGGCAGUUAUCGAGAGCAGCUCGAAAACGGCGAGUGACAGUGUCACAGUCACGGCGAGCUUGCCAAAACAGUCAAUUGUCUUGACCAGAUCGGCCAGCGUGCCAUUUAAGAAACAAAAACAAAACCACUUGAAUAUAUUCACUAUAAACUCAAUCAGAGGGCGUAUAAAGCCUCUUUUUAUCGAGCUAGUGUGCUCAGUGCUCAAAAUUACAAAUUUUGAUCGACCAACGAGACACGAGUCACAUGGCGUGUCGCUGUUAGUUGUGCGCUUUUUUCUGCUUAUCCAUUAGCGUGUCCGAAAGUGAAAAACAGUCUAAGCUCUGUUUGCCGGGAAGCCACUAUCAGUCAAGCUUGAGGGAGCUUAGCAAAUCAGUUUGGAUAGUUUUUUUAUUCCAAAAUUGUAGGGUGCUUAGCUUCGUUUGAAAUCAGAACUGCUCAGGUCCAAAGUACACUUGCUGAAGCGCGUGCACUGAAGUAACAGCUCACGAGAAUUUAUGAUGCUUCGUCUAUUGUGUGUGUUAUUAGUCGUAAGUCAUUAUCAGGGCCAUAGUGGUGAGACUAAUUUCAAUUUUCCACGUGGAUAUCAAAAUGUAACCAUUUUCAGAUUCCGAGGAAGAUAUUUGUCUAGACGUAUACCUUAUCCUUCUAAUGGUAGUUUUAAUCCCUUUGCAAUUUCUAAUAAAGAAGCACACAUAUUAAAUGGAAACAUAAAUAACUUGGAAGCUGCAAAAAUGUGUGAGGAAAACAGCUAUUCAUUUGGUAGAGAUCACUUCAGUAAUUAUUGUUUAAACAAUGCAGGUAAAUUUUCCUGUGCAGUUGAUUGUUUUCUCGAGCUGUGUUAUGGUGUUUUUGUAAUCAUCUUCAUAGCACUACACGAAAUGAGUUUUUUGACGUUAUCUAUGAGUCAUGUAAUCAAAGAGAAAACCUUGGGGCUAUUGACAUUGUGCGAGAACCUGUGUGGUUAUGGCUCAGAGAUCAUUGUUCAUCAUUUUCUGCAAUGACUGCCAAUGCUGUUUUUAGUGACAUAUUUACAUUGAAUACUGUCGGAGAGUUAAGUGAGGACCUCAAGUCAUUGUUUGUUGUUCAGCAAUGCAAUCAGUCGUGUUGCGCAUCAUGUGGCAACCAAAUCAUAUAUAAGACAGGUAUAUUUGUUCUUUACAUUACCUGCCCAAAUAUCAUUUCCACGCAAUUUGCAAAUCAUGUUUCAGAAGCUGUUCUUCCUCACAGUAGGGCUCUUUAUUGUGAAUCUUGCCAAAAACACAGUGGUGAUGUUUCUGCAUUGCGACAUUUUGUAACACUUCCCACAUUUUUAACUAUUGAAUUGUCAUCCAAUUGUAUUGAUCAAAUUACAUUUCCUUUAACUAUGGACGUUUUAGAAAAUUAUUAUUCACUGAAAGCUGUUGUGCGUUCUGCAAGUCAACAUUUUACUAUCGCUAUAAAUAAAGGAACACAUUGGUUGUAUUUUGAUGAUAUCUGCAGAUCAAUUCAGCAAUAUUCCACUUUUCAAAACCUCUUGAUUGCCCAUGCCAAUGGCUGGUAUUUUGCUGUCUAUGAAAAGUCUGCCAUUCCAUUCAUUGAUAGCGGUAAUGCACAUGCAGCUGUGAACCAAUCUAAGUACACCCAAGAAUACCUCACAGGACAUUCAGUGCCAAAAGUACUCAUUAAUGAUACUUUAACAGUGCCAUCAAACAAACACAUUGCACAAGCAAAACAAAAUGCAUACAUGAAAGAAUAUCGAAAGAAAAGAAAAAGUAAUGAAACUGCAGAAGAACAACUUGCCAAAAAACAAAAGCAAAAUGCUUACAUGAAAGAGUACAGAAGGAGAAAGAAAAAUAAUGAAUCUCAAAGUGAGACGCUUGCUAGACAAGGAAAGCAAAAUAUAUACAUGAGGGAAUACAACAGGAGAAAGAAAAACAUUGAAACUGAUACCAAAAAAUUUGCAACGGAAGAAAAACAAAAUACAAACAUGAAGGAAAAUCAUGAAAAAAGUGAAAAACAACUUGGCCUAAAACAGAAGAAAAAUGCUUACAUGAAAGAGUACAGAAGGAGAAAGAAAAACAAUGAAUUUCAUAGUGAGAAACUUACUACACGACGAAAGCAAAAUAUAUACAUGAAGGAAUACAACAACAGAAAGAAAGACGUUGCAACUGGUAGCAAAACAAUUUCAAGAGAAGAAGAACAAAAUACAGUAAUGAAAGAAGAUCAUGCAAAAAGUGUUCAUGGUGAUUUUAAAAUGCAAGCAAAACUUAUUAGAGAAGAAAAACAAAAUACAGACAUCAUGGAAAAUCAUGCAAAAAGUGUUAACAGUGAUUUUAAAAUGCAAGCAGAUCAAAAUGUAUUUAAAUGUUUUGUGGAGAAGGAAAAAUAUUUGUCUUUGUUUGAUAGUCAAACAAAUGGACCAAUUCAUUUACAGGAAUGGGCUAAAAAAAACAUGCGAGAUUUCCAUAAUUCUUUGAAAUUCAAAAUCUAUAAAUGCAACAUCUGCCAUGAAGCAUGGCCAUUGUCAGAAAAAUGUAAAGAUGAAUCUACAUAUGUGUGCUCUAGGUGUUUGCGUGACAAGAAUGCAACAAAAAGUUUUCAGUUGACAAUAAUAUGAUACCUUCACAAGCACCAAAAGAACUGCAGGGACUCACGCAAUUAGAAGAAAUGCUUAUAGCACGUGUAUUUCCAGUAAUAUCUGUUUAUACAAAACCAGGGGGCAAAAGGCAUACAAAGGCCACUGUAUUAAUUUUUCCCAAGAUAUUCAAGAGCUAGCUAACUCAUUGCCAAGGUAUCCGAGGGAGCUGCCUGUGAUAGUUGUGUCAGUCAAAGGCAAAGAUAAUACUUAUAAAGAUCUUACAGUAAGGCGGGGAAAAAGUGAGCUGUGCUCUACACUGGUUAGUCCAGCAUAACCCUGUAUACAAAAAAUAUUACUAUAGAUUAUGACUGCUUGUCUUCCUUGCCAUCUGAAGGCAUCCCAAGUGAACUGCAUCAGAUUGAUUGUAUUGAGAAUACUAAAGAUAAGGAAAUGGAUCCAGACAGAGGUCCACUUGAUGUCAAUGAAAUACCAUUCAAUGAAGAGACAGAAUUAAGCAGCACAAUCCUUAAUCCAGUAACCUUAAAGCCUCAAAAGCAACUUAUUACAGAUCAGUUAUUGCAAAAGCAUAAAUUAAAUUGGCCACACAGAGACGCAAGCCCUCUGAAUGAAUUUAAGAUCGAAUUUCUAGCAACAAUGGCAUUUCCCACCCUAUUUCCUGAUGCUAAAGGAGACCCUACAAACACUGCUAUAAAGCGGGGUGCAACUUUAGGAGAGAAAAUAAAGCAUCUAAUUAAAUUUGCUGAAUAUUCUAAUGAUGAGUGGACUUAUAGGUUUGCAAGCCAUCCACGAUUUGCAUAUUGGGCUUUUAAUAUGAUUCAGAGGCAUAGACUUCUUAGUCAAGGGAGUAUUUUUUUUGAAACAAAACCCUAGCGAUGCAAAACUAACUGUGGAACAACUUAAACAGAUGCUUCAGUCAAAUAAUCAUUCAACUUUAAUGUCUAAACUUAUGCAUUAUGCUAAAAAUAUAACUGGUAGCAAUAGCUAUUGGCACAAAGCAAAAGAGGAUUUAAGGGCUACCGUUGCUCAAGUAGGACCUCCUACAAUUUUUUUUACCUUGUCUUGUGCAGAGUACCAUUGGCCAGAAUUUCAUAAUCUUCUAAGUAAUGACCACUGUGGAGAUAUCACACCAAAAUUGAGACAGAAACAUGUUAUUGACAAUCCACAUCUCAUUGACUGGUUUUUCACUGAGCGAACUGAUCGGUUUGUGAAGUUUUGGCUGAAUAAAUCAUUACAGGCAUCUUGGUAUUGGUACCGAUAUGAAUAUGCUGUUCAGAGGGGAUCGAUUCAUUGUCACGGAGUUGCAAAAUUGCAGAAUGAUCCAGGGCUUUGUGAACUUACAGCAGUUGCACUGCAGGGUUUUUUGGCAUCAAAAUAUAUCAAAGAACACCAAGCAAAUAUAUCAAUUGAAGAACUACAAGAACUGAAAAAUAAGGAGAAAAGGGGGGAAAAUGCUGAGGCAACUGUUUGCCAAUAUGUCAAUUUUUUAUUAACGACAUGGAAUCCUUGUUCUCCAGAUGAAGGUUGGUCCAAGCCAAAUUCUCAUCCAUGUCAAACACCAUAUCUUUCCUUAAAAGAAGAGAAAAUGGAAGAUGACUAUGUGAAUCUAUUGAAUUCUGUUCAAAGGCAUACGUUGUGUAGUACUAAGUAUUGCCUUAGGGAAAAAGACGGUUGCGAAUUAUGCUGCAGGUUUAAUUUUCCAUUUGAUAACUGUAAAAAAACAAGGAUAGAUUUUGAACCUGUCCAUACAAAAUCAGGUCAACCAAAGUAUAAAGCAGUUAUUGUUACUAAACGAAAUGACUCGAGAUUAAAUCGUCAUCAACCAUUGCAGCUUCAAGGAUGGAGGGCAAAUUGUGAUAUCCAAAUUAUUGUGGAUUACCAGGCAUGUUUAGAAUAUCUUGUUAAGUACACAUCCAAAGGGGAAAAAGCAUCUUCCGUUGUUAAUAAUGCAUUCACCACUAUUGUUCAGAAGCUUUCAGACACAAGUGACAUUCAUAACACAUUUAAGCAGAUAAUGAUCAAAUCUGUAGGACAAAGGGACUAUUCAAUUCAAGAGGUCAUGCAUCAUUUACUCUCUCUUAAGUGUGUAAGUGCUACUUAUGAAGUAAUAAAUGCAUCUCUAGAUGGCUCAAGAAGAAUUCAAAUUGUAAGAGAUAAGGAAUAUUGUACUGCCCCAUCCAUGCUCGAUAUAUAUGCUGAGCGAAGGAAAUACAUGAAAACAUUUCCAAGUAUACUAGAAUGCAACUUUGUACAGUUUACAUCUACAUAUAUUAAUAAAGGUUCAAAACUAGAGAAAAGAAAACGACCAGUAAUUGUUAAAACAUAUCCAAACUAUUCAUCAAAUCCUCAAAAUCAGCAUUAUGGGCUUUUUGUAAAUAUCAACUACUUAAGUAUAAACCUUGGGAGCAUACACCAGAUGAUGCCUGGAGUAAUGCUGAACACUGUAAUGAAACAUUCAAAACAUGUUGGAUGAAUUUUCUCUGUAGUAACAAUGGAAAGGCUGUAGUUCCUGACUGGGAAAUCAAGUUACAAGCCUUAAAGGAAUCUAUUAAGCUAGAAACUGACAAUUUUACAACAGAAAAUGAUGAAGAAGAGGAAAAGGAAGAAUGGAUGUUAAUGUCUGAGUUGAAUAUUCAAAACAUUACUAAUGAUGCACAAAGUUCUGUCUUAGCUCCUGAGGGAUAUUGGCACAAUGUUACUGAACACUUUGAUGAAGAGCAACUAAAUUCUGUAGUAUCUUGGUUAGCGAAUCAAAAAUCUAUGAAUAAUCCUCAGUGGCAAAUGCCAACAAGGAUAGUAGAUAUUUCAAGCUUUAGUACAAACCAAAGAUUGGCAUACAACGUAGUUUGUGAUCACUUUAACAGAAGUGACAAAGAACCUAUACUUCUCCUAAUUAAAGGUAUUGCAGGGUCAGGGAAAAGCUAUCUCAUUGACGCCAUUAGAAAUGUACUCCAAACACAAUGCAAGGUGCUAGCGUACACUGGAAAAGCAUCUUUUAAUGUGAAUGGUGUAACUUUGCAUUCAUUUCUCAAAUUGCCAAUUGGCUCAAAAAGACUCACUGAACUAAAAGGAAUAGCACUACAACAGCUUCAAAGUAAUGUAGAAAAUCUUCGGUAUUUGAUAAUAGAUGAAUACUCUUUGGUUGGUCAGAGUUUGCUUGGCUGGAUAGAUUCUAGAUGCCGACAAGCUACAGGCCUGGCAAAUCAGAGUUUUGGUGGUCUUUCAGUUAUUAUUGUGGGUGAUAUAGCACAGUUACCCCCUGUUGGUGAUAAACCACUUUACCAUUCAAUGCCCAAAACAGAUAAGCAGAUUCAGGGUCAUCUCAUGUAUCAACAGUUUAACAAAGUAGUUGCAUUGACAGUUAACCACAGAGUUGAUGGUAACAGUAGUGAGCAGCACCUUUUUAGGGAUCUUCUUCUCAGAGCACGUAAUGGUGAAUCCACACCAGCUGAUUGGCAUACAUUACUGUCAAGAACUCCAGACCGUGUAUCAAAUAUCCAGGAAUUUGAAAUGUCAUCAAUAAGACUAUCCUAUCUCAAGUCUAGUGUUGCAGAGAUAAACAUAGCCAAGUUAAAAGCUCUUAAUCAACCAAUAGCAACUAUAAAAGCUCGUCACUCUGGUGGUGCUCAGAACCUUAGCUCAGAUGAAAUGGGAGGCCUAGAGCCUGUGAUUUACUUAGCAAAAGGAGCGAGAGUAAUGCUCACUAUGAACAUCUGGACUGAAGUUGGACUUUGUAAUGGAGCCCUAGGGACAGUAUUAGAUUUUGUUUAUCCACAUGACCAGACUCCCCGACGCUACCAAUUUGUGUUCUUGUACAGUUUGACGACGAUUAUAAUGGCCCUACUCUUUCUGCUAGAUUUCCAAGAUGUGUUCCAAUUUGUCCAAUAACACAGGUUUCUCAAAACCUAGGUCAAAAAUGUGAAAGACAGCAAUUACCCCUAAAGUUAGCAUGGGCAAUCACUAUACACAAGAGUCAAGGUUUAACGCUAAAGAAAGCCUGGGUUGAUCUUGGUCCUUCAGAAAAAUCUUCAGGAAUGACAUAUGUUGCACUAAGUAGAGUUAAGAAACUUGAAGACCUAAUGGUAGAACCCAUGACCCUGGAUAGACUGCAAGCACCCAAAAAAUGUGCAAUUUAAAUUACAGACUUAAAGAAGAAGAGCGGCUAGAUGGUUUAGCCCAAGAUACUUUGGACAGUUUAUUGUAGAAUCCUAUUGCCCUAAAUAUAUUAAACAUCCAAACCAGAUAAAACCACUUUUAACAAUUAGAGUUUGAUUAACCAGAUGUGAGCCUUGAUUCAAGAUAAUGUAAAGGAUACAGAUUUUAACUUGAAAUAAUGGCAUAAAUUGAGUGGAAAACUGCUACAAUGUACAUAACCUUUAUUUAGAAUUUUUAUUUUUGUUACAGAUUCUUUGUGGAAAGAAUGUCAAAGCGUGAGCCAGACCUUAACUCGGGUAAGUAUUAUGAUUAUGGGGGGGAAGAACAGUAGAUCAGAAUGCAAGGAAAAUGGUGAAUAGGUACUAAACACAGAGACUACAGUGAUUUGUUGCCUAUUUAACAUGAAUCUUUUGAUUUUUUCCUUAGAAUCACUCUGUGGCUUUAUACAUAAUUUAAGCCCUGUAAAACGCUCAAAGAGAACGGAUUGGUUUGAGUUUCAUCUGCAAACAAGUCCUUCCAAAGUACAGCGAGUAGUUGGAUUUAAUAUCCCAAGCCACUCAACCUUCAGUGGACAUAACAAAUCAAAACCCCUGUGCUGCUGUCAAAUACUAAGAAGAAUGAUUCGAACAAGGACAUUAUCUUCAACCAACAGUCAAUUGUAAGGUCUGCACCAGCGUUCGACAUUGACUUUGAUUAUUCUCCAGACAUUGCUGCAUCUGAGUCAUCCUCCUCUUCAGUGCAACCUGCUACUACGAUCACUCUGGAACAGGUACCAACUCUAAAGAUAAACCAGAAGGUCAACGUCACAGCAACGAUUUCAUUGGGCAGUGAACAACCUAAGCCGGUUGAAGUGAAAUCCACACAAAAGAUGACGCUCGUCAAAGAGGAUUGUGUCUUAGAAGAUGAGACAGGUACAGCUGAAAUUCACAUUUGGGAUGAGCUCAUCAACAACGUGAAAAAUGGGACAACAUAUGAAUUCCAAAACCUGAACGUCAAGCACUUCAAAGGAAGCACCCACUUAGCAACGACACCAGCAACUACCUUCAAGGAAGCCAGCAAACAACUUAAGUCUGUGCAAGGGCCUACACUACUGGAAAACCCAGAAAAAGAAGUUAAAGUCGAGAUGUUCAAGUUUCUUAACAACCUAAGCAUAUUCGUUGCUUGUCAAGCUUGUAAGAGGAAGAUAACAGAGAGUGCCCAUCAGAAGUACAUAAAAUGCAGGAACUGCGGAGUAAAGGCAGCGUCAAGGCGAAUGCAAGAGAGAUGCAUCUGUGCAAGUCAAAGUAGAAAUAGCUGGAAAGGAAAUAUGGCUGACAGCGUUCACAAAAGAAAUUGAAAGUCUUCUGGCUCUGUCUCCAGAGCUUUCCCUUAUGAGUGACUCAGAAUCUAUUGAAGACCACCUUAUGGACCUCAAGGAUAUCCACUUCACCUAUAAUGUGAACAAAAAACACCAUAACCCAGGUGACAUCUCUUUCAAAUGGACUGGCGCAAUGACACUAUGGAACGAUUGAUUAAUGGGCUAUCUUGGCAUGAAACUACUUACUAUGUAAACUACGUUCAAAGUUGCCUUCUAAAAUCAUGUUAAAACACGAACAUGAAACAUUUUAAAAAACAAAGAAAUCAUGUGAGAUAUGCAUUUUUAUCUCUGUUACAAGUUCAGUUCUUAAAGACAUUUCAAAAAACAAGGAUUUGCAUUUGGAAUCUACUUUACAAGUUUCGUUUUUAAAAACAUUCUAAAAGACGAAGAAAAGCAUCUCAGAUUUGCAUUUGUAAUUUACGUUACAAGUUUUGGUAUUAAAGACAUUUGACACAUUUCAAUUCAUGCUCAUUUGUCUCAGGUAAUGCAAGGGCUACAUAUAUUUCAGCUCUAAUCUGCCUUACAAGUUUAGUUCUUACGGACAUUCUAAACAACAAAGAAUAGCAUGUGCGUUUUGCAAUGCUUUUUUAAACAAUCAUUCAAUUUGAAAAAAAUGUUCUGUACUCUGGUUACUUCUUCAUUUUCAUUCGGCAAGCAACUGUCGCCGUUUUUACUCGUUGGCACUCUAGCGCCAGCUAUUUCUAGUUAUAUGUCUCAUCUCGGAUCUAGAUCUCAGGGAAUUAAAAGGGUAAAGAUUAAAGGGACACGAACUAAGGUUUCGUGAAUUUUGCGUGUUAACCUUUGUGAUCUUACAGUUCUGGACAGCAAGGAAACUAGUCCCUGUAAAAUGAAACCUAGGAUAUUGUCACUUCAAGGCACAUGAAUCGCAGCAUUGUCCGGAAACGGGAUUUCUUCCAAGGCUUGAAGAGAUUGGCAACGGCCCAUUGGUUUUUCAAGAAUUGGCGAAAUAUUUCCGAAAAUGACUCACACAUUUCCCAUGAUAAAGUCAAAGGGCCUUAAACUUCAAACCACAAAUAUCUCAUCAGGUUUAAGUACGCGUCUGUUUGUCUUUCGCAUGCCUUCCAACUUUAAGGUUUAUCUUACUAAAGCCGGUCAUUAUCGACAGUUUGACUGCUCUUUUUUGGCGGCAAAACAUUAUCAGAUAUCUUAAGAUUGCAUCAAGAGAGAUAUUUGUUUGUCUCGUUUUUUUAAUGUACAAGAUCCUGGAGAAAAACACCCUGCAACUUUUUUUUUAUUUGUUUUUGUUUGUGAGUUUGUUUUCAUUCCUUCAAUGCGGGCGCUGAAUACCUUCGGAAAUCACGUUUUUGAUCACAUGAAAUCGAAACGGAAACGGACGUAUCUUUUUCAAGUUUCGGCUGGAUAUUUCGGCCUAAGGGAAAAUUCCGUCGGAGUUGUCAUAUUUGUCCUAGCGUGUUCUCUACCUAAUCAAAGUAUUUUUUUGACAUUUUGAUCAUAUCUUGCUCACUUGAAUUACGUUGACCUCCUAUCAUUAUAGUACUACUUUGUGCCGGAUGCGUUUAUAGGGAUGUUUAAUCUUGAAGUCGAAGGCCAGCUGAGAGGGGGUCCUAAAAUGUAAACAGUUUUAACGUUCUAAUUUGCGAGGGCAAUCCUAAACAGAAGUAGUCAUCUGAAGACUGAUUGGUUAUCUUUCCUGAGUGCUAAAAGUGCAUUUUACUGAAUUUGAGCGAUUGAAAUAAUCCGACUACCUACAAUGUCUGCACAAUACCUACACUGGUCUUUGAAUGGAAGAGUUGUAUUUCAAAUAAAUAAAUUAGAUCAGUGUCGUUUCUUCCGAUACUUUGUCGGCGAGGUUGUAUUAACAUUGCCGGUUUAACUCGAUAAAAUUAUUGACCUUCUGAGGAGCCUUGAAUUCUUAAGCUUUAUGUGACAACCCCUUUUUUUACCUUUCCGUUACUAAAGACAAUCUUUUUUGGUAGUAAAAUGUUCUGGUUUUAAUCCUAUAUCAUUUCACCAGAACCGAUGCGUUUGCAGUAGAAAGGGUUAAACUUACACCAACAUCGAUUGACUAUUACAUUUCCAUUAAUUCCAGAUGCCUGCCCAUAAUUAAGUGACUUACAGCGAUCUCAGUAGGUGAUCAGCAGUGCGACAUAAAAAUAAUCAUGAACUUCUAGAACUGGCAGUAAGUUAACUUUGAACAGGUUGUUUUUGUAGUAAAAGUCUCUCAAACACAGUUCUCUGAAAAAGGGGUAGAACAUGCAAAAUUGCUUGACUAGCAACGACUCUGUUGAUUGGUUUAUUUAUUUACCCUUUUAUCUUGUUUAUAACGGAUAUAGGGAUGCCACCUCGUAGUUGAUAAAAUACCGGAAUGCGGCAUUUAACUCUGUCUAUCACUUUAGCCCGGAUGCACACAUAAAACAUCUUGAGAAGAUCACGCGAUGUUGUGCCUAGGGCGAUGUAUUCCCAGUUGGUUGACGUAUUUCUGUGGCGAGUCCCGAUUAAAGCAUCACUGGAGUAGAUACCCCAUUAAAUAAUUUAGUUAUUGCACAUACGUAGAACAAAAUUGCAGUUGAAAUUCUCUUUAUUGGGUACCCUUGACGAGAAAAAAUGUGUUAGCAGGGAGCAUGAAUGAUCCUCGAAAGGCGGCCCCUAGCGAAGGCUUUUCAUCAAAAAGGCUGCCUAUAGUCCUAGAAUAGUUGUUUGCCUAUAGGAGUGUCGUUUAACCGAGCGUUGACUGUAUGUAUAUAGAUUUAACAUUACGCUUUUAAAAGCUUGUCAAAAAAUUGACAUGAACGGACAUCACUUAUGAAAGGUUUUUAUUAAAAGGAAAUCGUAACGUGGUUACUCAGUAUCCACAACGCAGCAACGUUGAAAACCAUGCAAAACCGCUUCCUGAAUUUUCUAUCUUAAGCCAUAUAUUUUUACUUUAUUUUUGCAUGUUCCCUUAAUCAAAAAUAUCAAAUCUCGAGUCUUCACGUAAACAGUCAAUGUUAAGUAAAACAUUUCGAUUGGUCUUGUUGGCAUACGGACAUAUGGACCGAGCUCUAUUCGUGCACUCCCCGGCGCUUGAUGAAGGCGUCUGUUUCAACUGAACCGAAAUCAAUUGCGCAAGGAACAAUUUUGAAAAUAUCCCUUUUUCAAUAUCAAUUUUUUUAAUCUCUUUUUAUAUUAAAGGGUAGCCUGAGUAACGGACAAUUCCCUAAAAAGAAACCUUUGAUCUGUGUGCUUAUAGAUUUUCAUACUGUUUACUUGACGCAGCAGAUAUCAGUUCCGUGCUUCUCACAGCUUUUAUUUUGUCUUUUCUUAUGUCGGUAAAGAUGAAACUCCACAGCUAAAGCUUUUCAUUUUAUCUAACCCAUAAUGAUGCUUGAUUGUUCAAGCAUUGUGCUGAAUUUCUCUUUGCAUUUAAAGUUGCUGGAAGCACUGGCGCAAUGAAAUCUGUUGAUGAAGAAAGAAUUGUGGAUGUAUCAGGGAACUUAACCUCGUUGGACAAAAAACUGGUAUGUUAAUUUUCUUUCAGUACCCGUAUAUGUUUACGGUAGGAAUCAAAACAGUUGUUUUAAAGAAACAUUUGUAUCGUCAUUCAUUUCCUACUGGAGGGAGCGGCCGACCCAAGAGGUACAACCGUUCCACGCUCGAUUCAACGAGGUCUUAGUGCGCGCUCUCAACCAGUAAAACAGCUGCUCAUUGUCUCUUUCCCGUCCUUUUUUUCACCAACUUGUUGUUUUCUACUUUUAAUGAACUUCAUCCAAAUUAUUUCAGACACCUUUUGCAUGCACUUGGAAUGAACAUUAAGGUUGACGAUAUGAAAAGUAAUACUCAGCCGAGUUUUGUUUCAGUUAUACCGCAUUUAACCGAGUCUUUCACUUCGGUGUUGACAGUAAGUUCUGCGUUACUGCUUCGGAUAACCCUACAUUCGAUUCUAUGCUUUUCAGGCUUUCUACAAUUAGUAUUUCUAUGCUCUAAAAGUAUCCCCUGGCAGGAUUAUAAGCUUCUGUAUCUGGCCACUUGAUCUUUGGAAUCCAUGGAAAUACGGGGCAAAGAGGGGUGGAGGGUGGAGGGGAGGGGGGACAGGGGAGGGUAGUUGGAACUAUACGUACAGAACUUUUAAACACGUUAGGAUAUACACUACGAAUAGUCCCUUAUUUUCCUCAGCGAUAGCAAAGCCAGCGACAUACGCGAAUGCGCGGGUAAAGCGCCACCCGCGGAAGGUGGCAUGCCUUCUAGCUACUAAACCGAAGGCCUGCUUUUAAUCGAGCCUUAAUAUGGUCGGUUGCGAUAGUUGUUCUAGAGGUUGGAGAAAGUAUAAUGACACAACAUGAUUAACUGCAGCAAUACUUUUAAUCUUAUUUGUUCGUGUGAAAAGCCGACAUUGCCCAUUGCAACGCCGCCUGACUCAGGGUCCUCAGUCUCGAUCAAUAAUUCAUAUUGGCGUCCUCUCUCUUAUUUAAACAGGAAGGAAAAAUACUUGAGGUAGAACAACGCUACGACUUAAAAGUAAAAGAGGUGAGAAUAUAAUGAACUAUACGCUCCUCAGUUAAUCAGAGAAGAAACACCUUCAGUAAGUUUUCAUAUUUUUAAAUUAGGUAUUCAGGAUAACAACUCAUUUUUUUUUUCUUUAAAAAAACUAUGAAGAAUAUGCUGCCUUUGCUCUGACACUUGCUAAUGGUAAGACAUUAUAGUCUUCUCGGAUAAGGCAAAACAUAGGCCCCGUCUCUGAGCUGUUUCAGUGUUUUCAUUCUUAUCGGACAUAAAGAUCCCACACUGCUGCUGUUCGACCUGUUCGUAAAGAGUAGGCAACCCAGACCCCGGUAGUGUGAACAACCUAUCAGCUUGGGCUGGGUGCGUAAUGAAGGGGUAAAAGGGGAGCAAAUCCUGUUUCAUCGUUUGAUUGUGUUGAUUCACCUUGACGAAUUUCAAUAAAUAAAUAAACUAAGCCAGCAAAAUGAUUGACGUUUUGCUUUUAACGAUUAUUUUGCCAGCUUCUUGAAGAACUUAUUGAAUUGAGGCUAACAAUUCAGCAACAAAAGAUCAACGCAGAGGAGAAAGAAAUCUCUCAGGUAAGGUACCGUACCUCUUCAAAGAAAAACCUGGAUCGCUUGAUCCAGGCCCCCUUUACCCACUUGGAACGCGCGAGCUGGCCUGGGAACAAGGCUGAGCAGUAGCAGCAGUGCUAUACAGUGUCUUGCUUCUGUAAAUGUCAGGGUAUGUUUUGUCAGUACUAAAAGUCCAGGCCUCGGUUGUUCAAACGUUGUAUAGCGCUAUCUAUCGGAUAAAUCACUGUCCAGCGGAAAAACAUCAGGGAAACCUUAUGCUAUCCACUGGAUAGAGAUUUAUCUAGCGCUAUCCACUUUUUGAACAACUGAGGCCACAACCAUAAGCUUUAUCAAAUACUUUAGCACAUCAAUUUUUUUUGUAUAGGAUAAACACGUCAAAAAUCUGACAGAUAGCCUGGCAUCAACGCAACUUGAACUGGAGUCACUCAAGGCUCAACUCUCUUGGCAUGUUACCGGGCUAUGGAAUACAACAAACUCUACAAAAACACAACUAAACCACUUGAAAGGAGUCUGGAUCAGAGUAAAUGCUACAUCUAAAAGGAUUUCCAACUUAACUAAAGAGGUAAUAUGCGUUACAAAUGUUGUGCUUCAGAGGAGAGUAUGGCCAGCCGAUCGGCUGAAAUGAAUACCUUGCACCUUUUUGGAUCUUACUCAGGCCCAGUGAUGGGGUCAUUCUAUCACUCUUCCUGCCGUAAGGAUCAGGGUACUGUUUUUUUUUUUUUUUUUAAUUUGGUAUUGAAGAUUUUACUGAUCCAGGUCUACUAAAGACCCUGCUGACCCUCACUGGUUUGUCGCAGUGGUUUUGCCUUCACAAAUGUCUCGGAAUUGUCCUUCUCAUGAUAAGAUUUUUAUUCUCUCCUAGACCGAUGAGAGGUUUGAACACGUUUGGCAAAACAUGCAUGCUUCUAACGAAACCUUAAAUGAACUGGUGCAGUCUCUUCAAGCUUUAAAGCUACAGGUAAAUUUAGUAAUUCAUAAAACAGCACUUAACAGUUGUUCAACAACGAGGCAUUGCUUCGAGUCUUGUUUGACAGUAUUCUGAGAAUGAAUUCCGGACUCUUGUUUCCCUUCCCCUUAAAUUUGUCUCAUUUCCUUAUUUUCCUGAUUGGAAAGAUUGAAAUACUCUUAACUGUAGUUCUAAAUCAAGAAGCUACCAGUAGAUUAUUUUUCAGUUUACAUUCAUUAUUUGCAGAUUAAAAACGAAUCAGAGACCGUGUGGUUCAGCUUUAAUAAAUCGACGAAAAGCUUCGUCGACUUAAAGUCAUCUCUGCAUUCACUAAAAGAAAACGUGAGUAAUUUUAGUUAUGUUUCAUGGUUAUUUUCAUUCGUUUUACAUGUAAAGCUAAAAUUCUUUUGCAGUAACGAGACAUGUAAAUAUAACGGUUGUUCAAAUGAAUCACUCGUAACGUGGCAACCUCGAAUGACGUUUUGAUAUUUAUGGCCACUAAAGGCCUUGGAAGAAAGUACGUAAGUAAGUAAAUUGGCAAGUUGUGUAUGUUAGGUCUGUACUUUUUAAACAAGCUAAUUAUAAAACUACUGAAAUCUUUCUUCAGUCAAAGCUGCUAAGUUCAUCGUUAUCUGUGGUUACCACGUUGGCUAAUCAGACGAAAACGGACUUCCAAACUUUUACGUUGAGCAUGAAAAGUUCCCUGUCUACGGUAAGAUUAUUGUGCCCUUGUUGUCACACUUCAGCUUCGACAUUUUAGUAUUUAAGAGGCCCUUUUACCAAAUUAGAAAGAGCGUUAGAGGUGACGUUAAAAUUCAGUAUACCCUGCGCUCCAAGUGAGGCCUACUGAAAGUCGACUGGCUUAAAUAAACCUACCCCUUACUCAAGUGAUAUUGGUAAAAUAAUCAAUUUGCACAUCGCCCGUAAUAGACCUUGUUUGCCCCCCAAUUUUUGCAUAACCUUUGUUUUGUAAUUUCUCCUGAGUAUUAAAGUCGCCGUAAGGGUAAUUGAGGACAAUGGUUAUCAUGUAAAAUUUGGGGUAGGGUGGGGGGGGGGGGGGGGGAUUAGGGUUAGGUUUAGGGAGGAGGAAGCAAGGUAUAUUAUGGGAGAAUUGCACUCAGCGAAUACAAAAAGCUGUAAUUUUACUGUUAGUAUUGGUACGGUGGCACUUUCACUGAGCCUGUGUAUCAUGUGGUCCAGCGAACGUUUGUCACACACGCAAUAACUGCUUCUUAUUUAUAACUCAGGUCUUGACAAGUCUACAGAAACUUGAAGAAAAUGCGAACGUUACAAAGGACAGCUUUUCUCUGGAUAUUUUCAACACAAAAGAGAUGGUAAAUGCGAUAGUACUCCCAAACUUUAUAGCUAUGCACUUAGUUUUUGAAGGUUCUAAUUUUGCGAUCUUUUGCGGAUGCACGGAAACGCACAGAAACUAAUCCAAUGGACCAAAAGAAGGCAAUUUCCGAGUUCCACUUCGCCCACGCACAAAAUAAAUGUAUUGCUUUAAACGACAUCUAUUUUCAAAUCUUGUUUACAAUUGUAGGCAGUUUGACUGACAUAAACGUUUGACGGAUGAAUGCAAUUUCCAACAAAAUUAUUAAUGCCGGGUAAGAAAAAACCAGACUCGACGAAUCGAACAAAACUAAAUAAAUAGAUAAAUAAACGAGUUGCCAAAAAAUACACAACAUUGCCUACCCGCAAAGUAAAUUAGUAGUUCACUCUGUCAUAAAUGUCAACCUGUAUUGAUGUCAGUUAAGCAUUUAACUGGAAGAAAUUUGUGCUCGUUCUUGCUAUUGAAACAGCGCUAACAUCAAAUCCAGAUUUGUUUUUGUCAAAGUUGUCACAACGCCUUUUGAUAGCUGUUAAAACGCUGAUUUUUUUCAACAGCUACAAAACGCAACCGUUAGACUUGAUCAACAAGACGUCAACUUGAAGUUGCUCUUGAGUGAAAUUAACAGCACCCUCUCCUUAAAGGUAAAGCUGAUAUUGCCUUAGAAAUAUAUGGCUUUCCCCGUAGACCUGCUCUCAUUUUGUUCAAUUUUACAGCUAUAAGUAUAGUUUUCCCAGGGGGAUGACGAGUGGACCAAAAAUAAGCUGGGCUUUUUUGUUAAUCAAGGCACUAUCACUGUGUCGUAAUGUAGAAUCAAAUUUUUUACACACUCUGUUAGCGAGGCUUUAAAAAUGGAGGCCCCAAUUUUCAUAGCAAAACAACAUAAUCGGCAUAUCUUUUACGCAACAAUGCAAGUGGCCUCGAGCCGGGUAACUUAAAUAUGUGGAUUUUUGUAGUUGUUGUUGUUUUUUUCCCUUAUUGGUUUUCAUCUUUCUAAUGACCUGUGCAAUGUAUGGAAACGAAGCACAUAAAGAAAAGAUAAAAAUUUACGCAUUUCUUUUCAGGUAGAGAAUGUCAGCAAACUACCGGGCCCAGUCGGCCCUCCUGGAGUAAACGGUUCCCGAGGCCCGAUGGGUCCAGAAGGACCCCAAGGAUUCAACGGAUCCCGGGGUGCAAUAGGUCCUCAGGGAUUUAACGGCUCCCAGGGGUUGAUUGGACCACAGGGUCCCCAGGGUGCUGGGGACUUCUCUUUGUGUAAAUACAUGACCGAGUCUUCAACGGGAAGUCAGUCGCCAGUAAGAAGCCUUUCCCCUGGCGCUGGUAUUAAAGUAAUUCUCGGGGAACCAAAUGUAAGUUUAUGAUCAUUGUUGUUAUUAAUUAUAACGAUUAUCAUUGUCAUUAUUAUUAUUUAUUAUUAUUAUUAUUAUUAUCAUUAUUAUUAUUAUUAUACUUUUGUGGGUUUUAUAGGUGUUUGCGCUCAUUCAGUGAGUGUCAGCAGUUUGUUUAUCAACUUCAAAUACACUCGUGCAUUCAAACUCUACUUAAAAAUUGUCUAAUACUUCUUUGAUUGGGAUAACAGAAAAUGCUCCUUUGAGAUAAUAUAAAAUGCUCAAGCUAAAGAGGUUUAUAUGCAGACGUAGUGACCGGAAAAAAAACUUGAAAUAUCCCACGUGCUACCCGUCGCUCAUCGCACAAUAUGCAACGAGUUUCUACAUUUCUAAUUGGCUGUAUUCUUUAUGGGAUAUUAAUAAUGAUGAAAGCUGGCAAUAACUUAAGUUUGCCCCAUCAUUCGCUUUAGGCAUAGUUAUUUAAAGCCGUCCUUAUGGUAUAUGCAUAAGUUUAUUUAUUUAUUUAUUUAUUUAUUUAUUUAUUUAUUUAUUAUUUGUUUUUUGCUCUCAACACUCAUGGCUAAUUUGGUCCUUUGUUUGUUCAUUUUAUUUUUGUGCGUAUAUUUCCCUUUAGAGAAGAACAUGUUUUUCAUUUUUAUUCUUCCAGGACAAGAGAAUAGUUGGUGUGUCAUGCUCCACGAACCGAGCCCAGAUGUAUCUUCUUUCAAGCGCAAUCAACCCAUCCAACGGUCAACGGUUUUAUUACUGUGACUGUUUUGGACAUUUUGGCUCUGAUUGGCAGUCUGUGACUUGUUUUAUGAGGUACUGGCUUUGCCCUCUUUCAACAUAAUACUCAAGACAUACCAUCUGUCUUAGAUAAUCACACGAAUUUCAAGAGUAAUUUGGAAUACGUAAGCACAUAACUAAGUUAAGACCGUUCACGAAGCUAAGCCACCAUGGAUAAAUGGAUCCUCUUUUAAAGAACUUUAUUCGAAAGUAACAUUGGCCUUGUCUUCGAUUAACCCAACCAAGACACAGGAACCGCUCGGCUUCCCUGGAUGGCUAUUAAAAGGGGAACGCUCGGACAUUUUGGCUACGCGCCCACCAGGGACAGGAGAGAAAAUUUUAAUGCCCAUAACACAUUAGCUCCCCAACUCUGGUUAUUAAUAAUCAGAGUAAGUUUUGGUCUUCCUUCAGAACGAAAACCAAUAAAUGAUCAACUCAAUAUAUCUGAGAAUGGACACUCGGGACCGUACUUCGUGGUGUUUCUGAAGAUUUUUUUCUGAAUAUAUAUAUAUCACUAGAGGGUUUAAGCAUCGCGUUUACGGCGAACGAUAAACGUGAAUUUGUAUCGCGUGACCAAGUUUUCCAUUUACUCAUCGUUUACUGUUCAUUAUAACUACACGAAAAUCGGUAGAUUCACGCCAAUUCUAUCCAUAAGAAUUGUUUUACGCUGUUUUUAUCUGCUCAUUUCUCAUUUUGAAAAUGUCUCAACUUGAAUCUCACGUUUGCCGUUUGCCCUAAACGCAAUGCUUGAUCUCUGUACUACCAAAAUUCUUCUAACACCGGCUCUAAUAUUGGAAGCUGAGAUAAACUCAAUCUUCUUUUUUUGUUGUUGUAAAUUUGAUCCCAGUCCCUAGCUUUAAAAUGAAAGGGAUGGAUCUGGUACUGAUAUUAAAACGAACAUGCCGCAGAACGCUGGAUCUAAUGAAGGCCUCAUCAGCAAAAAUAUACCUAGACACAUUGAGAAUUCUCAAAGUGAUUCGGUCAACAACUCCACAAAUGCUAUUGGGGUUGAAAUAGAUAUAUUUAUUUGUAUAUUUUGUGCAAAAAAUCACUUUGUAAAUAUCUUUGUUUAAAAGUAACAGAAAUUUUACUAAUAUAACAUUGAGUUUUUCAAAAUUAAAUUUAUGGUGGUUCUUGAACUCUUUAAGUUUUCACAAUCAAAUGUUUUACAGUUAAUUUAUGCCAACAACUUUUAAAUUCUUGCAUCUCCUCUGUUAUAGUGACAUAGUGUUACGCGUCAGUGUAUGUAAAAUGAUACUUAGCAAUCUAUUCUGGAAGAAGUAAGCUAAAAUUGUAGGUAUAUCAAUAUUUAACUUUAAGUUUAUUGCAAAACAGUACAAGUGUAACUUACCGAAAUUAAAAUCCUUGUAAAUAGUUAAUUAUCCUACUAGUUGUAAAUGCAUUCUGUAUGACAAAUAUAAGGCAUUUAAGUAAACCAGUACAUGAAAGUAUACAUUGAAAUUUGCUUACAUCAGUGUGGUGGGUCCUCAUAAAAUGUUCUGCAUAGAGCUCCUUGAAGCCGAAACCAAUUGUUCAUCAGUAGCAGGCCUCCUGCUACUGAACGCUUGUAGUUUGAUAUUCGCAGGAGCAAUAAUUGUUUACAAUUAAUGUCCAAACCACUGCAGUCUAUACCCCACCUGUGAAUCUCGUGUGAAUCGCUUCACAUUUAUUGUAAAUCUUGAAGGACAAUUCAUUUCAUCCGUUUAAGUUUGCCGGGAUAUAUAAGGCAAAACAGUGAUCCCUGCUCUGCUCCCUUGAAAAAGAAAGUCAUAGUUUUGAUGCCCAUCUUUCUCGUGGCCACAGGCGAGGCUAGCGCCAGCUAGCCUGUUCCAGCGUUCAGAUAAAGGAGACGGCGCAAGGAAAAGUAAGCAAGGGGGAAAAAGCGAGGCGGUAAGAAAAUAGGGUCAGAGGGGGAAGAAACUCUUUUUUCUUUUGCUCUCUGUACUUCACGCCAUUCUCCAUCAUCUAAACUUCUGGGAUAGGGUUAACCCCAUAAGCAAUACAGCAAUCCAUAAAGAAAGAAGAGAACAUAAAGAGCUGUAGACUUGGGAAUUCCAGGAGCAGUUUUUCAAAGUUUCGAGACGUAAGAGAAAAUAACACUGGAGCAAUGGCGUAAGAGAAGACCCCGAGGUCGCGAUUGCUAGGGAGAAAAAGGCAGGAAUUGCCGUUAAAAUAAUUUACUCGAGAACACAAGAUGCGUGUCUGAAUAUGAGCUUGACUCACUUAUCCGGAAAUGGGAUGGUUCGAGGUACUAGCACGCUUGCAGGACGACCAAUCAAGCUGUCAUAUCUUAAAAUAUGAAAAGCUUUUUCUUUCCUACAAUGGCCUUAAAAACGCGCGUUAAGUCCACAAUAAAAAGGGCCGAUGUACAGCUAACAUCUAUUAGCCUUUUUUUUUUUUUUAAGUAGAAACCGGGAUUCGGGAAAGCGAUGUGAAAAGGUGCGGGACGCGGGGUUUUCCUGAAAAAGGAGCGGGAAUGCUAGCUGGAUCAUGAGUCCCCGCCCCUUCACCAAACCCUGGGACAACACUCAGGGUCUUGAAGUAGCUGAACAAGGAGAAGGGACUUUCUUUUCUUUUUUAUCGACGGUUUAAUUAUCUGUGUAUAUACAGCUGACUGGACAUCAUAAGAGUUAAACUUUUUGAUAUCACGUCACAGACGUGUUUUAUUGUGUUUUAUUACAUAAUAAGAGGGAAAAGACUGUACUGAUGUUUAUUUAAGCAAUAGACCAUACUUUCUAUGGGCCGGCUCGUGAUUUACAAGCUUUUCGAGUGUUCUCCCAACAUUCCAAUUGGGUUAUCACGCCGGUAAACCCAAAGAAAGUGUGGUCUAUUGUUUGUACAAAAUAACUUUAAGUUUUCUAUGAGUUUACCGGCACAAUAAACCAUAGGUUUUUAACCAAUUAGAACGCGCGUACUAUCUUAGAUAUUUUAUAAAGAAGAACCAUUUAUUAACCCUUUUUUAAAAGGGUUAAUAAACGGUAUAUUACUUAAUCAGGAGGUUAAAAGCUCCUUAUUCCGGUUCCACAUACAAAUUCUACAGACUGAUGUUCUCCAAAUAUUUUUUAUACUACAAAAAUUAGUGGAGAGAAUUUGUUGAAAGAUCCGAUGAUCAAAGCAUUUUUUUCCAUUAUUGAUCAUGUUAUUAGAAUUCUUGUAAACAUUUCAUUGGCUAGGAGUAUUUGUUGAUAUGGGUAGGAGAAAGUUGAUGUUGAUCACUCUUCAGGGACUGGUAGGAUUAAGUAAUAUAUCAGACCAAAUGGGCGUGGAUAAAACUUUGUUUUAAACCAAUAAUGAAACGAUUACUUAAAAUAUAAUUGAUUGAUGCUCAGCACCAUCAUACAACAUCAUUUAAUAAACCUAUAAACUUCACUUUGUUAACAGACCUUGAAUUAAGCGAUCCACCAUGAAAUUUUCAUGAACAUAUCAUACGACUCUUUUCUUUUCUUUUUCUCUUUUCGUUAUGCAGCUGUUAAUGACAGAUUUUAUAGCGCAUGCUGACGAGAGGGCGAUCUGUUGUCAAGUAUCAAAUAGCUUGCUGGUCAGCUUGAAUGUUCUUCAACUUUUUUAAUAAGUGUUUCUUGUUUAUGAGGCUGUAUUUUUAAUUGUAAAGCGGGCAAAACCAAACGGGGCUCAUAGUGCUCCUUUUCAUUAAUAAAUUUCCCUUUUUCAAGACUAAUGUAAAUAUAUGUAAAGAUUGAGUUUCAAAGGAGGCAAACAGCACGCAAAACACAAUGCUUUUGUGAGACAAGGCGUUAUUCAGUCAAUUUGGGAAAAAGUGAAUGCAAUGAGUCACCGAGAAAAUGCCACGGCUCUCGACUCUAAGUAAGACAAAAUGAUCACCGCAUGCUAGUUUUUACAGCUAAACACAGCUUUUCAGCUUGCAAAUCCUAACAGGUGUCUCAUUGGGAAAAAAUGUGAGAAAAGAUCAGCUGGUCUUAGGAAUGUUAUGUAAACAGACUACAAAAGGAAAUCAGGGCAAAGUAGGUCAUCAGAUCAACAACUUGCACGUGGGGUACAGAUACCGUAGUAGCCGACACCGGCAUGGUUCUGUUUCAUUUCACUUUCUGACCACAAAGUUAUCGCAUGACUCAUACACUGUAACAACAACACUUUUGUUGAAAUCAUAACUAGCGAUGCAAAGGACAAAACAAAAUGGCGACGCAGUUUUCACUUGUGAGAUGGAAUUAGCACAAGGGGAAUCUUCCAGUCCGAGACGAUCGACCGGCAAACUAACACCGCUCGAUACUGUCCCAGAGGACGAUGUGAGCAGACUAGGGAAUGGGAAUACCUGUCGGGAAGGCAUGUCUGACAACAUCGACAUUAGCGAUAAUGAAAACCCUUUGGAAAGAGGCAUUAUCCAAGACAACACAUGUGGAAAAUCAAGAAAUGGACUAUGUAAUGCCUUUCGUGACAGACUGCGGAGGAUUCGAGGAAACUGGUUACAUUCCUCAGUCAGUCCCACCCCAAAUGAAGUCAAUGUUUAUGUUAAAGGAGAGAAGGAAUACGCUGCAAACAUUCCUCUACCUCUGAAGGUAGACAAUAAUGAGGAAACCCUCCCCAACAGCAUUGCUUCACCACGUUUACAAAAAGGGUGUUUCUUUGUGCCUUUCAUUUCUAUCAUUCUUGUUGUUAUCUUUAUCAUGUCGGCUACAAGCUUAACUUUGGUGAUAAUGAUCAUAAAUGGCAAAAUUGUUGCAACAGAGGAUGGAGCGGCAAGCCCAGCUAAAGGUAUUUAUUUGAAGUUGAUGAAUACUUCUUUCAAAUUAAUCAGUAUUACGUAUACGUACCACAAUUUUCUAGCUUCGACUGUCUCUCUUGUAAUAUACGUGUACAUUCAAAACUUAAAGCCGAAAAGCAAGACCAAACUAUUUUGAAAAUUUCUCAACUUAUCCAAACAUGUUCUAGACUACGAGUAGUCCCCCAUUUUUCCUCAGGGAUAGUAGAGCGAGCAAAACGCGAGCGCGCGUGAAAAUCAACCCACGCGAGAAAAGGCGACACGCGGCGGGGAGAGAGAAAUUUUUUUCUCUUUCUCUCUCCCCGCCGCGUGUCGCCUUUUCUCGCGUGGGGUGAUUUUCACGCGCGCUCGCGUUUCGCUCGCUCUACUAUCCCUGAGGAAAAAUGGGGGACUACUCGUAGUCUAAACAUGUUCUUGUUCACUGUAUCGCCACCGUCGUUUGCAUAGAGGAAAUCCAGGACUAAUUUCAGUUUGAGGAAUGUUUAAUGUUCAAAUGCACCCGGCGUAGAUCAGCUUUUGUUUCAUUAGUCAAUUACCAACCGUCAAAUGUUAUUAUAUAUUUUCGUCAAACGGAAAUGCCUACUGCUGAAGUUAAGUGCGCGGAACAUGGAUCGAUUUAAAAUACAUCAUGAAUCUGACACAGUUGUAAUUGGUGGUCUUCCAAUUUCCCUAUAGAUUUUUUAAUUCGCUCAUCGCAGAGAGCAGAAUUGCAAUUAAAUGAAGAAAUCUCUUAAGCUAAUGCUGUCAUGAAACGGAACAUUAUCUUAACAGUUAUAAAAAAAACGUUUCUAAUCGGGCAAACUUGUAGCCUUGUAACUCGUUCUUUCAUCUACAAAUGAGUCAGGAGAAAACAUUAAAUGGUAAAAUUAAGCCUACAUUAAGAAUUUAAUUUGAUCAAUCGAAACACUUCUGAAACCACUGAUUCAUUAAAGACCGUUAAAGGCCGUUUUCCAUAUGCAAGUCCAGCGCCAGCAACAUAUAGAAGAAGUUGCAAUUGCAAUUUAUUUUUAAUACCGUAACUUCAAUUCUUGGAUGGUCAGUGUGGUAAAAAGAGAUCUAAAUGAUUAAAACUACUGGUUAUCUUUAGCCGAGAUUGCUCCCAGAGUCUGUCAAAACAAAAUGGGCAAAAUUGUUAUUUACGUUAAUGUUAGAUAAAUUUCUCCUUCUAACUAUAAUCUCUCUUUUCUGGUCACAAACUUGAAUGUCUUAUUUUCGGCAAAACUACAAGACGGUCAACAAAAUUUAGCAUGCCCUCUGUUUAAAACAGCGUUUCCUCUUGCAAUCAGUUUAAAAAAAGGUUGUUUAAAACACCACUCCAAAAAGAAACGACGGAAUGUACUUUAGAGGGCAUAGUGGUUGUUUUGGGGGGAAGGGGUUGAUUUAGUUAGUCUGCUAAUAGAUUCCUUGUUUUGAUGGUGGGACUAUCUGGUAGUUGUCUCAAAUGAUUCCCUUCGAAAUUCUGACACAUUGAUUGAGCCAUUGACUACGACCUUAGACAACCUUUUUUUUUUAACAAUUCUGUUCACCAUUAUCAAUUUUUUUCACCAUUUGCCCAAAUUGUAGAAAACAAAUUGGUUAACCCAUGUAUAGUAAAAUCAGAAUGACACUAUGUCUCACCCAUUAUAAUAGAGAGCUUUAGAUUCUAAGACGAGUACGACUACGAGUACGAGAUUUUCUCAGUACUAAGUGGUUUUCCCGCGAAUGUCGUGGUGGCGGGAGACAAGUUAUCAAAUGUUGGAAGUUUUAUCAUUUUGCGAUCAGAAGAGGGCGUAACCUCCUUGACUAAAAUGAAGCUUUCCGGGAAGUCUAUAUUUUAAGAAGACGCGAAAAAACUUGAAGUCAAAUCUCGUACUCGUAGUCGUUCUCGUCAUUGAAUCUAAACGUCUCUAUUGUUACUAAAUUUUAACAUUUCUUCAGCGCCAUUUCCUGUUUUAUAUUGGAAAUGAUAGAUAUCCGUUUCAAUCACUGAUUUGCGCAAGCUUUUUAAUGAUAUUAUAUACAUGGCAGCAACCGACUUGAUAAUAUUUAAAAAACUCGCAACCUGAUCUCAUUCCGGAACUACAAAGAUGCUAAACACGAAAAUGGACCAAAACCGCAUCGUUCGAUCUUGUCCUAAGUUCAGAAGUUCCAAAGUACAAAAUUUAAAUGCGCUUUAGAAAAUUCCUUCUCAUCAGAAUAUAUGCAGCAACGUAUAUGUUACUUUUAUUUCAUGGACAUCAGAUUGUAGUUUUAUGCAUAGACCGAAAAGUAAUCUAACAUGAUAUUACAAAUUGAUUAAAUUCUAAGAAGAAGCCUAGUUGUGUGGAGAUGGGAUUGUAAGUUUGGGGAUAGGGAGUAAUCAUCGGAAUGCUUAGCGGGAAACCCCUGCAUCAGUAACCGAAAAGAAGCAACUGACACAUGAAAAUUAUAUUUAAUUUGCGAUUUUGUUAACAGCCAUUACCUUAUACAUACCAAUUUCGAGACCAAAACGGGAGACUAAAAGCAUACCCAUUUGGAGUCACUGUGGUUAAUAUCCGUAUAGGAGUAAGUGAGGUGAGUACAUUACACCCUCUCCUCUCCACUCCCCUGUGUCCUAGGGGCUCAUGAGUUCUUGUACACGUUCCUCUGCACCAAACAUAGCACAUUUCACGUGAUCUCAGUAAUUAUUUACCCUUUGGAAAUCUACUGAAUUCUUUAGCGCGCGUGGGUAAGCGUUUCGGCUUUGAUUGACCAAAUCAUGCAGCUCGAAUGACAUAACACAAAACUGGCACGUAGUGAGAAACUCAUUCAGUGUAGAUUGAAUAAUUCCUGCCACGACCUGCACGUAGUGCCGCGCUAGUGCGUAAUUUUUGAAUACGUAUCAACUUGACAAGGGGCUUCUAAGAGCGUAAGAGAUGUGUGAGCCAGCUAAAAGGGAUCAUAGCUAUCUUGUAUAUCAUUUUGAAAUGGGGUCUGUGGAUGGGACAUACUCCAACAUUGCAUUUGGAAACGACGAAUCUUCGGCUGGAUCGAAGAGAGAAAAUACCGCGUGGGACACGAGCCAGACGGAAACAAAUUCAGUGAAAAAAGAGAACUCAAGUCAGUGCGAAAACAGUCAACACACAUACGAGACAGUUGACAGAAAUGCAAUCUUUGGAGGUGAGAAUUGGGAGAGAGAAAAGAUGGACGUCCACAGCCCUUGGGUUAAUAGUGCGAAGACGUCAGUUCCAGAAGGGCAACGAAAAGAGCGGCGCAAAAGCAUGAACUGUUUUGCAGUUGAAUCAAAUGGUGAUGUUUACGUAAAACUAAGAAAUGAGAAAGAGUCUCCAAGAACGAAAGCGUCCUUCCAGGAAAAUGGCGGAAAGCAAAAAGAACCCGACGAGGAAACAGUCUCGGCAGGAAAUAAGCAAAACAUGUCGACGUUGAAGUUCCGCAAGAGUAUUCAGUCAAUGGCCAUACUGCAAGUGUUGAUUUUCUUAAUGGCUGCCGUCAGUUUGGCUCUUGUGAUUAUGUUAAUAAAUGGAACGAUCGUUAGUUCUGCAGCUGUCAGAGGAGGUAAAAAGAUUGGUUAAAUAUCUUAUUGCUAUAAUAUAUAAAUUCAGAAACACAAAGAGCUAUAAAAGGAAAUUUAACGCUACCAACUGUACUUUUUGAAAACCGCAUCAUAACCUGUAUAACAUCUUGACAUUACAGUGCUUUCUUUCAAAAAUUACUUAAGAGUCUUCCCGUGGAUUAGAGGACAAGAAUUUAAAAUCCAAACAGAUAAAUAAUCUUAAAUUCGAUCUGGCAUAUUUGUUCCCAUAUUUUUGAUAGUCCCGGCGGUCCGUAGGAGUUAACAUAGUGGGUGCGGCUCCUAACUCGUGUAUAUUAGCGCGAAAAAUAUGCGACUAUCAGCAUCAAUUUUUCGCGCCAUUUGGAUCAUCGUGUGUGGGUACAAUAGGUGUGCAAACGUUUUAGGACGCUCGAUAGGUGGCCGCCAGUAAAUUAUGAUUUUUCACUGGAUCACGGCUCUUUCGCUCUUCCUUUUUUUUUAUAAUUGGAGUUUGCAGAUCAGUUACAGGUUGAUUAUGUUCAGUAAAGUAGAUUGACUUCUCCUGGCAAGACUUUGUCGAUUACUCCAAUCAAAUUAGUUAUAGACGCCAAUUUUUUCUUUCAUGGUGAAGUUUUGUUCUUUAGUAGUUGUUUUUCUUUAUUUACUAUUUUAUUAACUCAUUUAUUUUGUGAGAUCUAAGAUUGCGGGAAAGGGAUCCUGCAGCUCACUGAAACAGAUCUCGAACUGUUUUUCCUUUUCUGUUUUUGUUUUUUUAGUUUCAUUUUCAGCUUCCGUGAUUUGCUUAAUCCUACAGUGUCCAACAAAACAAAAGCAAAAUAACGUUAGCAGUGUCAUUUUAGCCUUGACAUUGGACUCUGAACCAAAUUAAACUCACAUGCAAAUCACACCACUCGCUCAUGUUCUGAUGUUAAUUAAUAAAAGUACUACAGCCGAAUUCCCUCUGUAAAAGUUUCUGGCACGUUUUAAUAACACACUACAUUAAGAUAACGCUUUACUUUUCGGAGCAAUGUCUUGAGAUCGUUCCCAAUCAAAAGAAGCACAAAAGAGGCGAUCAAAUCAAAAGAGCAACUCGGUGCACAGACAAUUAGCUCAGGCUCGAAAUAUGUGCAUCGGCAGUGUUGCAUAACCUUCGAAAUAUGAGAAUUUGUCUGAACCAUUUUUUUCUGAAACCUUCACAUUUGAAACAGAUUUGAAGAGAACAAAAGGCUUAUCUCACUCACGUUGAAGUUUUUUUUCCUUUUUGUGUGGUCUGCGCGCCAAUUUAUGGCCAUUUUGGGGGUUUUUGUAGAACCUCGUUUGCUUUUAUCAGGGGCACCCAACGACAAUAUAGUUCAAAACCAGUUAAACAUAGCAUUGUUGAACGUAUUUUAGUAUUUAAACAGUGGAUAUAGGUAUAUUUUUAUCCCCUAAAAAUUUUUCAUCUGUGCGGAUUUCGUAGCUGAAAGUCUAGUGAUCCGAAAACCAUGAGGGAUCAAAACUUACCUUUUCGAAAAUUUCAGCCAGAAAAAAGACUCCCGAAAAUUCUAGGUGACCUUUUUAGGGUAAAAGUCCGUUAAAAAUGGGCAAUUAUACCAUUUUUUAGAUGUUCGAAAAUCCUAGGAGAGGCAGGCAAGCAAGAAAUUUUACAACAAUUGUUCCGAAAAUUCUAGAUCUCAAAUCGUCUUCUGAACAGAUAUUUUCCAAAAACUGACGUUGGGUGCCCCUGUUUUAUUUCGCAGUGUUGACGUUCAUAUUUCGAGCUUGGGUUUCCUGUGCACAGGUUGCCAUUUCUCACUGGACAUUUAAGAUAUCGAAUGAAAUCUAGGCGGGAUUAAAAGAGCUGAUAUAAAGGGAAUAUGCAAGACAUAGAGUACAUACAAUGCCUUUUUUGUUUUUUUCAGAUGCAGCAAAGCCAGAAAAACAAACUGAAGUCCCAAUUACUGAAAUGAAAGCAGAGAUUGCUAAACUAAAAGAAGACCUGGACAACGCUAGAGAAGAGCUGCAAAAAUUAAAGAAUACAAGUGACUCUCUGAGAAAGAAACUUCAGGAAAUGAAAAAUUUUACACCGGUAGGGAUAGCAAAGAAUGUUACAACUAAGGUUUGCAAGUUUCGUGUGAUUUUAUUAUUUUAUCUUAUGUUACAUUUUUUACAUAUCUCAGAUGGGAAGAAAAAGAUUUAGUGUUUUCGAGUGGUAUACAAUGUUUGGUUACUUAUCUAAAUACAUACAUACUUUAUUGUUACCUCUCCAAAGGGGCUUUUCGGGAACAAUGAUUAUAUUACAUUAUUUAUAAUAACUAAUUACAACACUUAAUGUAAUACUAAUCACAAUGUUAGCUAAUUAUUAAUUACAAUGUUUUAAACUUAACUAAGACGUAUUUAUAAAAUUAUCUAAAAGCUGGCUCCUUAAGGAGCGUUUAAAAAUUUCAACAGAUGGGCUUAACUCAAGAAAAGAUUCCACAUUGUUCCAAAGUUUGAUUAACAGUCCUGUAAUAAAAGGUUCUCUGUCCGGAGGCAGUUCUGAAAAGAGGGAUGUUUACUCCGAGUUGUUCGUUCGCUAACUUGCUCACUGGUAAUAAAUUGGGGUUGUAAGAUAUUCAGGGGCUUGACCGGUCAUGGAUUUUGGAAGGCCAUAAUAGCUUGGCAUAGUACAGUUGCUCCUUAGCAGGCAACCCAGACAGGCUUUUUAAGAAGGGUGUUACAUGAUCAUAUUUUUUCGCACCGCUGACGAUUCGGUAUUUGCCCAAACAUUCGAACAGUAGUACAUUUUGCUGAAGACUAAGGCAUGUAUUACGGUUAACAACGUUUAUUAUUCAUUCAAAAUAUUUCUCCCGAUUCUGAUUGGCUAAAAGCACAGGCAUAAUUCACCAUAACCAGUUGCUGAUGACCAAAUUUGGAAGAAUGUUGUGUUUAACGAGGAAAUGACGUCAAAAAUGCAGCGUUUUUGCAGUUUAAUGAACCGUUAACCGAGAAGACCUGGGGACGAGGAUGAGUUGUUUUGGUUGUGGAAACAAAAAUGGCGGGCAUUUCAGUUGUUUCAAGAGUAAGAACUAGGCGACAAAAUAGCUAAAACCAUGGCAAGAACAAGAAGAAGACAACUGGAAGGGCAACAUCUGCUAUUUGGAGAAUAUUUGCGGAGCUGAACAACCCUAAACGUGCACUAUCGAAGAUGAACUUAACAUCGAUGGAUCGAUGGAGGUAGGCAUGUUUAAGCUAUGUUUUUAAACUAGGAAUUAUUUUGAAUGAAUAAUGAAACAAUUAUUGAAUUCGGCUUUCGUAUCAUAUGAAGAAUUAUAUGGAGAUCUCGGAGGGUGUUAUCCGCCUCGGCCUACAGCCUUGACGGAUAACACCCUCCUCGAUCUCCAUAAUUUUUCAUAAGAUACUUAGCCUCAUUCAUUAAUUGUUAAAUUUUUGUCUAAGCAAUGUUUGACCCGGUUAAUUUGCACUAGACGUGCGAUACAUUCCGACACUGAGGACGUUGUAUGGUUACCAAAUGUUAAGUUCGGAUCCAAAAUCACGCCAAGAUCUCUCGCUGAUUGCACUGGGGAAAUGUCCUUUCCCAACAAAGACAAGUGAAAUUCAUGGAGCUUAGAGGUCAUCUGUCGGCUCCCGAAAGCAAUUAAUUUUGUCUUGUCUGGAUUCAGUAGUGGCCGAUUUCCGAAUCACCAGUUGCGCACCUGCGGGAGAUUUUCAUUCAUAUCUUGGACAAUCCGUUGGGAGUCGUGUAAAUUAAAAGAAACAAACAUUUUGUAUCGUCUACAUAACAUUCUGUAGAGCAAUGCCUUGGAACUUCUGGUAGAUCAUUUACGUAUGUGCUAAAUAACAGAGGGCCUAGAAUACUGCCUUGAGGAACGCCACAUUCAACUGGAAGAGGUUUAGAAACGGAACUAUGAAUUCGUACAACUUGAUAUCUGUUUGUAAGGUGGCAAUUAAACCAUUUUAGCGCGCCAGUUGCGGCGCCGACGCUUUGUAUUUUACGUAACAAUAUUUGGUGGUCAACGCUGUCGAAGGCUUUACUCAUAUCUAAAAGCACGCGGGCAGUCAAUUUCUUAUCAUCAAUUCCUUUGAGAAAUGCAUCAGUUGUGUGAAUUAAAGAUGUCUCAGUAGAGAACCAUUUUUUGUUGCCGCUUUGUUUUGUGGUAAGCCUUUCCUUGGUUGUCAAAUAGGUGAUAAACUGAUUAUAAGCCACUCUCUCGCAAACCCUUGACAAUGGAGGCAGCGGGGAAAUCGGUCUGGUAUUGUUAGGAAGUUCGUGGUUGCCUUGUUUGGGAAUAGGUGUAAUUUUUGCGGUUUUAAAUCUACUUGUAGGUCAAAAAAAGUUCUGAGAGAGCAGAAAAAGUCAGCUUCGAGUUGAUGCUUAACUCCUCUCAACAAAGUGUAAUGAAUAGUUUGUCAGCCGUAUGGAGUUCUUUAAACACGACUGAUAAAGAACGCCGCGAAGAAGCAACAUUUCUACGAUUUAUGGCCAAUUCAACAAAGGCAGAAAUUCGGAAGGUACUGAAUAUAUAUUAUGACCCGUCAAAUUAAAUGUUUAAUUUCUUAGUGCUACAAAGAACUUGGAUGGGCUUUUUACAGUUUAAAAAACAUUUAUUUAGGCUAAUUUGUAUGUGUGUUUUAAACUUCUGCAGUUCUCUCUUGUCAACUAGUGUCUAGAAUAAACGGUCUAUUAAUUUUCAUGAAUUCCUAGUUCCUCCGUCGAUGCUUUGUGUUGCUAUUUUUUUCUUUCUGAAUAAAAACGUCAAACAGUCUACAACCCCUUUUGAAUGUUUUCUUUCCCUACUCUGCUUAUACAUAAGUCCCGAAAAAGUCUGAUUUGCCUCUUAUACGUUCGACUAUUAACUAAUAAGAUUUGUUGUCUCAAUAAAGGUGUCAGACAGCUUGAAAAAACUUGAAGCUAAAGUACGAGUGGAGGAGAAGCGAUUGAAUGAAACGAUGCAUCUUAAGGUAAAGAUUCUCACGUCAACCCAGAUAGAAGUCGAUCUUGCAAGUAACUAAAUAUAGAGAGGAAACUUAUCCAUUGAGAAUACGUAUUUUCUUUUCUUUUUUUAACGUCCGCAAAAUUCAUUGCGGCAGUUGAACUUCUAAAUAGAGGCUCCUUGGAUUUCAUUCCCUUUUUUUUCAUUUCACCAGGCAACCAGUUAAAUACCCUUCACUUGACACUUCCCUAAUCUCACCUGGCAAGCCUUUUUUUGGAAAUUCUUUUCUGCUCUGAUUGGCUAAAAGCUUUUUGCGCGAAAGUAACUGCCUCUCUCUCCCCGAGGCUGGGAUGUUUCAUUUCUCUAUUAUUAAAUAUUAUUAAGUGACGUACUGACUUCUGGGCCUACAAGACUUUGCGGGAAAUGAAUGAUAAGGAAUGUUUUGUUGAAUUAUUCGUUACAAUUAACAGGAGAGACAUUCAAAGGACUUGGCAUCCCUGACUAUGUUAAUGAACAGAACAAGGAUGGAUGUGAUGAAUAUGGAAGCUCGCUUGUGGAAAUCAAUGAAUUCAACUGACAAAAAAGGAGAUAACGAAAUAUGGGUUGCACUUAAUAACACCAAAAGGGAACUGCAACAAAAGGUGAGAAAGGUAACCCUGGCGUGAGCCAAAUACCCCUACAUCAAGUUUGUUACUUAGCCGAUUUAGUGUCUUCACGCAACGGCGCUCCUUCUCUGCUUGUUUGACUUCGGCUACAAAAGCCAACUUAAAUGACGAAAAUAAUGUAAUUGUGUAGUGUGCAACAUCAAUAUAGGCCGAGAACAUGAUGUCUCGUAAGAACUGUCCAGCAGUGCAACUUAGUUUAGAUAUAUAUGAACCUCACUUUUUACGCUUAAAUGAACCCUGGACAUGCACAUUAUUGAAUGCAACGAGUGAAAUAAUAGAACAUUUAAUUCAAAUUUUCUCAUCCUCCUUCAUAAUGUCCAGGAGACCUAACUGAAGAAAUAUGUGAGAAAAUAAGGUCACUCGCAACACGGCAAUCUCACUCGAAUCUGACGCUAACAGGCUGAGAAAAAAAAUACCACAAGAUAAUAAUUGGUGAUAGUUUAUAGCGAGAGCUUGAGCAAAUCCGGUAAUACUUCCCUCUCUCUUCUUUCUGUUCUCAGAUAAACAACAUCAGCAAGAUGGCCGGGCCCAUAGGACCUCCGGGAUUCAAUGGAAGUCUAGGACCCAUUGGACCUCGGGGAUUCAAUGGAAGUCAAGGAUUCGCCGGACCUCCGGGAUUCAAUGGAAAUCAAGGACCCGCGGGACCUAAGGGAUCCAUGGGGCCACCAGGCCCCAAAGGAGCUGGAAACUUCAGCGCAUGUCAGUACAAAACUAAGACGGGAACUACUGGUGGAGGAUCCUCAGACGUCUCGGACGCCUCCGUGGACGAACCUAGAGUAAGUUAGUACAUCUUGUAUGUAGGUUUACUGUUAAUUACUUUUUCCGUCAUUUCAGCAAAAGCUAGUUAAGUUUAGUUUGCUUUGACCUGAGAAAGCUCAGUUGCUGUGUUCCAAGGCUGACCUUUCUAGUAUUUUGCAAAUUAACAGAUAUAACAGUGAAUCAGAGAUCCUUGAAAGUUGUCUUAUUUCUCUUUUCAGGGUUCGGUUAUAAUCGCAGCGACCUGCUCCACAAAUUAUGCUGCAGAAUAUAACCUUCUUUCCGCGAUGAUACCCCCGAGACGAUAUGUAUGCAAUUGUAAGGGAAGGUCAAGCCAAUUUCAUCCUGGUAGAGGCGAGUCUAAGACAUGCUACCUUCACUACUGGCUCUGCCCCAAAACUUAAACCUAUAAAAUAUAUCUGUCAGUAGUACUAACACUAACAGGUUUAAGUGACGGCCUGAAGGGGCUUGACGCAAGGAUAUUGCUGUUUUAGGUGGAUUUGCUUAAGUCGUUACUUAGCCCCUUUAAAGGGACUGUGUCACGGCAGUCCAGUUCAUUUUGUUUAAUUUUGCCAAUUACUCGCCCUCAAUCACUAUGGAACUUAAAGUAAGCAAAGAAAUUACAUGUAAAUGACAAAAUCAGAGACCCGAGACAAACAAAUAUGUCUCCUGAGCAUUAUUCGUGAAGUUGCAAGCAGCAGGGGUCAACUUUGAAAAACUGUUAGGCUGAACAGUUUUCAAAAAUCCUAAUUUCAAUCCGUUUCAAUCUCCUUCAGUUUUGCCCAUCCGUGACAUCUGUUGUUUCUGUUAUGUUAUUUUAACCUUCCCUUAAAGUUUUAAGCGGUUAUUUUAUGCUUCUCUUAAUUUAACGGGCAUUUUGUAAUUUCCUAAUUUGGCUGAAUUUCGUGACACAGCUCCUUUAACCAUUCACAAAAUGCUCCUGCAGAGUCAGAAAUAAAUAUAUCAAAACAAAUUUUAACAGGGAGCAGUAACCAUAUCAAUUUUUGGUGAUUUUUGUGGGCCUAGAUUAAAAACGUUUAAAAAUUGGUCCAAUAUUUCAAGUUCAGAAUUCAAGCCCAUCCUUGCCAUGCGUAGUAACAGACGAAAGGAAACAACUGCACUGUUGCCUUAAAUAUAAUAAAACUGGACCUUUUUUGGAAUUCAAUUGAUAUGAAGAUGUAUUUUGAUAUGAAGAUGUAUUUAAGCUUUUUGUAAAAUAGAAAAUAUCAGGACAUAGCCGCUUUGAACGGAGGGGACGACGCCUCGUCCCUCUCGAAAGACAGGCUUUUUAUAAUUUAUUAUAGUGAUCGUGAGUUGCGUUUCCUUACUUUUAACCCUUUAUGCUUUUCCAUUUUUAUGGUGCUAAAGUGGAAAGUUUGAUUAAAAAAAAAAAAUUAAACAUAGCGUCUUAAAUUAUUAUUUAAUUUCAGUUAUUCUUGGCUUUUUUGUUUAAUGGGGCAGUGAUAUUAUUCAAAAAUGGAAGACGUAGGCUUAAAGGGUUGAGGAGAUAAAACCGCUUUAAUCACAACUGUUAAUCUUCUUUACAAUGACGCUAAGACAACAAAAAAUAUGGAGCAGCAUUUCGGAAAAAAGCUGCACCAGGUAACAUGUGCCGAAAAUUGAACUUCUCUCUGGACACCUGUAUAAGGCGGACACCUGUAAAACGAUUUUUACAGCUGCGUCUGGUAGAGAUAAAUUUCCGCUGAAAGUUCAAGUAAAUAAAAGGUUCCUGUUCCGUUAUGUCGACCCCUCUGAUCAAAAAGCUUUUGACAAGUGCUAACACAGUAACUUUAAAAUGUAAGCUAUACAUAAAACUAUUAUUCGCGAUAAUUAUAGCAUAAUAAAUUAAUUCAGACAAAAAUGUGCGCACCCAGUAUCGAUCAGUUACAAAAUGACUGAAGAACGAUUAAAAGUGCUUAAGGCAACGUUCUUAACAGAAAAUAGUGUAGUGAGGCUAAAUUUAGAUAAGUUAUUGUUAAUGUAAAUAACAAACAUUUGAACUGUGAAU